GGGGUUGACGGGCUAGUCACGGAAAGAAGCCGGAAGUGCGUGUGGCGAGAGCGAGAAGGGCUGGACCCCGACUUUUGCGUGCGGUGUCGGGGGCGAAGGCCGAGGAGCCGGGCAGCGAUAGGGGCCCUUGCCACUGUCUUGCUAGCGGCGCAGCCUUCCAAGUCCCUUCGCAUGCGCGGCCCGGUUAUCCUCACAACAGUCCCGUAAGGUAGGCCAGCAUUAAUUGUUUUUAGGAAGAGAAGCGGCGGGAGAAACAUGAAUCGGUGAUGUUUUAUCUGCAAGCCGCCUUGAGACCCUGGUCAGGGGAAAAGGUGGGGUAAAAAUAAAUAAGUAUAGAAUGAUAACAAUAAUGUCCAGAUUUAUAAUUUUGGCUGUCACCCUGUGCAUGUUAAUAAUAAUAAUAAUAAUAAUAAUUUAUUGUUUAUACCCUGCCCAUCUGGCUGGGUUUCCCCAGCCACUCUGGGCGGCUUCCAACAAAAUAUUAAAAUACAAUAGUCAGUUAAACAUUAAAAGCUUCCCUAAACAGGGCUGCCUUCAGAUGUCUUCUAAAAGUCUGGUAGUAUUUUUUCUCUUUGACAUCUGGAGGGAGGGCGUUCCAAAGGGCGGGUGCCACUACCAAGAAGGCCCUCUGCCUGGUUUCCUGUAACUUGGCUUCUCACAGCGAGGGAACUGCCAGAAGGCCCUCGGCACUGGACCUCAGUGUCCGUGCAAAACGAUGGGGUGCCUUCCAGGUGUUUGUUGUAAUCCACCUUCAGUGGGAUUACAAUACUGUUGUAAUCAUAUCAACUUAAUGCAUUGUGAAUUGUUUUGAAGACUUGAAAGCAUAUUUAAAAAAACACAGACUCAAAAGUACUACAGUGGUGCCUUGGUUUAAGAACAGCUUAGUUUAUGAACAACUUGGAUGAAGAACACUGCAAACCCGGAAGUAGGUGUUUUGGUUUAUGAACUUUGCCUUGGAAUAAGAACAUGUUUCGCUUCCUGUUGAAUGUGUUCCAUUUGUAAAUUGAGUCCCCCGCUGCUAUGGGAAAGCAUGCUUUGGUUUAAGAACGGACUUCCAAACGGAUUAAGUUCGUAAACCAAAGUACCACUGUAUACGUAUUCAUUCUAGACAUUGUUAAGAUUAAUGGCAGGGAUGGUGAGGCUUUUUCCUAAGAGUGAAAGAAGGGGAGGGAAAGUAUGUGGGGCUAGUGUUUUGUUUGUUAUUAUGUUGUUUGUGUUUUUAUUCUGUAAACCGCCCUGUGAUCCUCAGAUGAAGAGUGGUAUAUAAAUCAGUCAGUCAAACAAACAAAUAAUAAAACUGUGGCUGGCUAGGAGUGAUGUGGACAGACAGAUAAGAUAGGCAUGGUAGUAUAGGCAUUUGAGGCGAAUAAGAUACAUACUGGAAAGCCGUGGCCGUGGGCUUAGUAGCCUGAUGUUAUGUGCAUUAGCUUGGCAGUAAAUCCUAUUGAGGCUUAUUCCCAGUGAUUUCAGCCAUACUGAAGUCAAUGUAUGUGAUUAGUGUUGCCACUGCAAUGAGCUUCAGGAUUUGUUUGCAAGUAAGCACACAUAGGAUUGGGCUGCAUGACACCAGACAGAAGAGAAAAACAGAGGAGGUAUGGUGGCACAUAUUUCAUGACUUAGUGUCACAUAUCGCAUGUCGUGUGCAAUAUUAAUGGAACACACUUGUGGUUUUCUGGAAGCGCUUUGGAAAAGAAGUGGGGGCUGGGCAACCAUCAGCAGAAGAGGGAGAUAAUGCGGAUAACUGGAAUGAGGGAAACAGGGACAACUUCUGACUGAUCCCAUUAAAAUAUCCAGCUCCAUCUGGCCUGAUGCUGUCUUGCACUGACUGAGAACAGAACAAAGAGAAAUGAACAGGAACAGGAAGCCACCUUCAGGAGGCAAAGGCGCUGCCACACCUAGACAGGUAGGUUGCUAUCCUCUUUUUCUGUGGUGUGAUCUGUCUUAGGUGCUCUUUCUUGAAAUCACUUUGUUUUAGGCUGUUAGAUGCUACUUUCACAUCUUGAGCACUAUGAAAUAACAAUGUGUAGACACAACAGGUCCUCUCCAGCCACUCUUGUUUUAUGCCCAUAGUGUGUAAUCCUUCUGCCACAGGAAAUCUUGUUUUGUAGCAGUAUAAUUCUAAAUGCUCCUGAGUAAAUGUCUCCUCAUGCUUAUGUUUGCGGAAAGACUUUUGUAGUCUUUCUUUUUCUAGUUACCCAUACCAGGUUAACCCUAUCCUAAGCCUCACUAUUUUCCAUGCAUGCAGGGAGGGGCUGGCCCUCCCCAAAGAGGCAUAUUCAAAUAACAUAACCCUUUCAGGUUGUACAACCUGUGAAGCUAACAGUCAAUAUAACUGGGUUAAAAACACAACUUUACUUACCUUUUUAAAAUAAAAGGGUAGACUCUAAUAAAGAAGUUUGAUAAUGUUUUUAAAAGCAUUGUAUAUGACUCUAUCAUAAGCAUAAAUGUCUCUAACAAAUGUUAACAUACUGGGUUGCCAAAUGCACAAUUUGGCCCUAGUGCUUCUGCUUUUUAGGGUUUCCAGCUUACUGAAACCAUGUUUAAAGAUACAAUAUGCAUUUAAUGCAUCUACCAGGCUUUUAGAAGACAUCUGAAGGCAGCCCUGUUUCGGGAAGCUUUUAAUGUUUGAUGUAUUAUAGUAUUUUAAUAUUCCUUUGGAAGCCGCCCAGAGUGGCCGGGGAAGCCCAGCCAGAUGGGCGGGGUAUAAAUAAUAAAUUAUUAUUAUUAUUAUUAUUAUUAUUAUUAUUAUUAUUUUAAUUGUAACAGUAUCAUUAGAUGCUGCACCAAUAAAAAGUUGACACGGUUGUGACCCAGCUGUGUUGUGGUUAGGGGGCAGAGUGAGAAGUGGGAAAGACUGUUGGAUGAACCUUCUUCACUGCUUUGUAAAGUGGCAGUAGGUGUGGCAGAGCAACAAAUUAGUUCAUAGUCUGCUUGCAAGAGGAAUUAUUGUGCAAAAUGCUUCCUUGUUCUGGAGAUGUUUUCCAAGAUGUUAAUGUGGGUGUGACUUGGGUGUGUUCUGAGUUUAGUCCACCCUUUUAGAUUCCAGUAGGCAGAGCAAAGCAGCGUAAUGUAGGGCAAUUAUAUUUAAGUAUAGUCUUGCUGUGACAGUGGCUUAACAUUCCUUAGCAAAUAGAGAAACCUCUGAAGGCUGCUUCCUCAGCUGGUGGAUUAAUAAGGGCUGAGCAAAUAGGCCCUAGUGGAAGGGAACAAGCACUUGCCUAGGGCAUCAGGCUCCUGUGCAACAAGUAAAAAUUGUGAUGCUAUGAAAAUUCAGUUAAUAGAUCAAGUACAACAUUAGGACAAUUUAAAUGUUAGAAACGCCCCCAGUAAUAUGGUAGCCAGUAGAGUAGCAUCAAUUCUGAUAGUAAAAACAACAUAUAAUUCUAUCAGUAGACUCAUAAUGUCAUUUAUGUUCCCCUGAAAACUAGUACUUUUUAUGCAAUAAGUAUCCAUACAAUAGGCUCACUUAUUAUUGCUUAAUAAUAUUUAAGGCAGAAGUCUCUGUUCUACGCUGCAAGAGGUAGUUAAAGGAAUCUGGUUUUUUUUAGAAAAGCUAAAGGGGUUGUAAAACACUUAUCUUCUUUGAGGUGAGCUUCAGAAGCACCCACACACCCCCAUAUUGUAUCCAAGCUUGACAUAAUUUCUCUGGCAUCUCUAGAUCUAACAUGCACAUUAUUCAGGCAGGUUUGUGUGGUUACUUCUGUGGUUAUGAAGGAACACUACUCUUGUUACAGAGAAAUGAAACUCUAAGUUCCAUUGGGGCAAGACUUCAUCUCACGUUCCAUCUAUUGCCAUUCUAUACCCUGCUGCAGGGUUAUACACGCUGGCAAUAUCUUACCAGAAAGGCAGUUUGUCUACCAUUAUUAGUCUUCUCUGUAACUCACAGAUAAAGGAGGCAUAACAUAUAGAAUAAGAGAACAGGAAGAAAAUACGUUUAAAGAAGAUCGGAAAACAUUUAUUGAAUAUAUGGAAAAUAAUUCAGUGUACAGCUGAAAACGCUGUCAGCAUUAAGAUAAAUUCAACAGUGUAAAUAAGUUUUGAUGGAUGCAAUAAUGGAAAACAGAUUGGUAUAGUUUUUGUAAAAUAUGCGGGGAUAUAAGAUAUGUAAAAUUAACCAUGGAAAGAGAAGAAGGGAAGUCACUGAUAUCUUAAGUAGGUAAAAUGUUUAUUUGAAAUUGUAAAACAGAAAAUUUAAUAAAAAUUAUAUUUUUUAAAAAAACCUAAAGUGUGUAUGUACACCUGGGGGGUGCGGGGGAUAAAGGAGGCAUACCCUGUUGGGAAUGCUCCAGGGAAUGCCUGGGCAGUGAUGAGGCACAACAUGAAUGUGAAUGAAGACUGUGCCCCAGAAAGCGCUGCAAGAUGCAAGGAAUCUGUGGCUGGUGCUCAGGGGUUUCUUGGCAAACCAAUCAAUGGGCAAAUCAAUGUUGUGAGAGUUCCCACAUGGUAUGAAGUUUGAAAAAUGCUGCACAGGGUCAUAUCCUGUUGUGGCUAUCAUUGAUAUUUCAUAAGAAAAGGAAAGAAUUAGAACAUAAUGAAUAUUUGUGGUUUUUUGUUUGUUUGUUUUUUUAAAAUCAAAGGAACAGUCACCAAAAUCAAAAACACACAAGCUAUAUACAGUACAUACGUACCUCUGCCCAAUGCUUCAGCUGAAAAGGUUCCCGGAGUAGCUUACAUAUACAGUGGUACCUCUGUUUAAGAACAGUCCAGUUUAAGAACGAUUUGGUUUAGAAACUCCGCAAAACCGGAAGUAGUGUCCCGGUUUGUGAACUUUACCUCGGUCUAAGAACGGAAUCUGAAUGGUGGAAGGACACCGGUGGCGGGAGGCCUCAUUAAGGAAAGCGUGCCUUGGUUUAAGAAUGGUUUUGGUUUAAGAACGGACUUCUGGAACGGAUUAAGUUUGUAAACUGAGAUACCACUGUAAUCAGUUUUAAAAGACAAUCCAAAAAACAAAAGAAAAAUGCUGAGGAAAAUUGUCUUCCCCAGCUUGGAUGGAGGCUAAUGCUGGUACUUAAACAUGCACACAAGCAGUGUGUCUGCUAAUACAGUCAUUAGUUUACUACUACAACAACUACAACAACAAUUUAUUCAUCCCCAGCCACUCUGGGCAGCUCCCAACAGAAUAUUAAAAACACAAUAAAAGAUCAAACAUUAAAAACUUCCCUUAACAGAGCUGCUUUCAGAUGUCUUCUGAAAGUCAGAUAGUUGUUUAUUUCCUUGACAUCUGAUGGAAGGGCGUUCCACAAGGUGGGCGCCACUACCGAGAAGGCCCUCUAAGAUCAGUAUCAGCAAAUACUAUCUUUAAAGCAUGAACAUCACAAAGUAAGUCUACAGCACUCUUCAUGACAAAGUUGUACCUCAUUUCCUGUAGAUGGGUUUGCUGUUGGAUUUUUCACCCGAAGGUUUGAUGGCCAGUGAUGGGGAGGAUGAUCACGAACUGGAGGCUGAAUUCCUGGCCAUUGUUGGAGGCCAGCCAGAUCCAAAACGGAAACCAAAUGGAAAAAGUAAGUGGUUGCCAGGCCCUUGUAGUGUUGCCUGUUGCUUAAGAAAGUGACUUGAGCGCUAUGGAGUGUGUGACUGUGUGUAUGGGGUGCAUCUUGAGCCCAAGACACAAUCUGUCACCCAACUCUGCAGUAAAGGGGGAAGCUGCCUAUAACAUGUCCUUCCCUUCCUCUUUAUCUCUGUGCUUUCUUUGAACUCUUGAAAUAUCCUGAAUUUCCCAUCCCUCCCAUUGGAUAUUAUAGACGGCUCUUCAGGCUGCACAAAUUUCCCACUCAGCCCCCACCUUUAUGCUGCUGAGCAGUGAUUGUUUUGGGCUGCAGUACUAGGGACACGGGUGGCGCUGUGGGUUAAACUACAGAGCCUAGGACUUGCCGAUCAGGUCGGUGGUUCGAAUGCCUGCAAUGGGGUGAGCUCCCAUUGUUCGGUCCCUGCUCCUGCCAACCUAGCAGUUCGAAAGCACAUCAAAGUGCAAGUAGAUAAAUAGGUACCGCUCCGGCGGGAAGGUAAACGGCGUUUCCGUGCGCUGCUCUGGUUCGCCAGAAGUGGCUUAGUCAUACUGGCCACAUGACCCGGAAGCUGUACGCCGGCUCCCUCGGCCAAUAAAGCGAGAUGAGCACCGCAACCCCAGAGUCGGCCACUACUGGACCUAAUGGUCAGGGGUCCCUUUACCUUUACUAGGAACUUUGUACUACUUUCUUGGGGUAACUGUCAAGAACAGUUGGCCACCUGCACUUUAAUGGCGAUGCCACAGUUCACCUUAAGCUUGGUCGCCACCACCUUUGACCUCUCCCCACAUCAGCAUGGACCCCAGUCAUGCAUCUUGGGGCCUCAGUGCAAGUGAGGGCACCCCUUCUUACCCACCCCCCCAUUCACACUCUACUAAUGGCCUUGCCAAAUGCCUCCUUUACCAUUUUGAAGCAAAGCCAGUAGACACGUCCAACUAUUCCCAAGUGCUUGAUGAAAGAAUCUAUUGAAGACUUGCAAGUUUCAAAGAACUAGAAUCUUUCCCUCUGAGUACUCCUUUUCCAUGGUCUUCUGAUGGCUCUGUUGUUGUUUAUUUAAUUAUUGUUUUCCUUUUUUUAAAAAAAAAUAUUUAUUAAAAUUUCAGAAACAAAAAAUUACAUAGUUAAAAAGAAAAGAAACAAGGGAAAAUAUGUAUUAAAAAAGAGAAAAAACAUACAAAAUACAAAGUACAGAUAAAAAAUAAAAAAAAUAAAAAACACUUAAAAACAAAUUAAUCCUUCGUUUCCUUGCUUCCCUGACCUCCUCUCACCUCCCUUUUUUGUAUUCCAGUUCAAUUGGUUAAUUCAGCAAUUCCUUUCUCUCUUUGUUUAUGUCUUAGUCCUUUAACUUAGUAUAUUAUAACUUUAGAUUCUCACCUAUUAACCAUCCAUUUUUACACACACCUUUAUGACAUUGCUGCUAGAACCACUUAACUUCAUUCUGACAUCAUUCUAACAUUCAUUAAUUUUAGAAUAUUUCUGUAAAUAGUCUUUAAAUUUCUUCCAAUCUUCUUCCACUGACUCUUCUCCCUGGUCUCGGAUUCUGCCAGUCAUUUCCGCCAUAAUUAUUGUUUUCCUCCUCUAAACAUUUGCAGUUGUUUCAAAACCUGUUCUGAAAUCCCUUUUUUGACCAAUCUUGAGUUGAUUUUGUGACAUGUGAUAACGGCCCGUUGUUUGCUUUUUCUCUCUAGCUCCUUUGCCAAUGGAAGCUAUUGAAAGAAUGGCCGCUUUCUGCAUGAAGGACCUCGACGAAGAGGAUGGGGUAGAAGAGGAAGAUUUGGAAGAUGACGACGAACUCUUGGUAAAAAUUUCCUUGGAGGAUACUGUGGGGAGGUGGUGGUUGGAGACUGACAGUGGCAUUAUGUGGAUAGAGAAGGGAAUUGCCAAAGUGGCGAGGCAGGGGCAGGCUAAGACGGAUCCUCUGAGAAGAAGGGGAAAGCCUGCUAAAUAGAGAACAGGAGGUUGUUCUGGGCACGUGGAGGAGAAUAAUAGAAAGCAUAUAAGCAUUAAUGAAAGAGGAGACAAAAGUGGUUUGUGGGUGCAGGAAAGACAGUUUCAGUUGGUAUUAUGGAUCGGAAGUUGAUUGGAUGUUCUGGGAAAGAUGUGUGGGAGAGGAACUAGGGAUGGUACCAGGGCCGUCUUUAGCAGAUGCGGUGCCGGGGUGCAAAUAUCCGCCUAGCGCCCCCAAAUUACCACGGAUAGUGUUGGGGUGGCUGUAGCUGCACACUGCCAGUCAUGGGGGGGUGCAACUCUUCCCCCGCUGCUGUGGGAGAGCGAUCCCCGCAGAGGCCUGGGAGGGAAGUUGCACCCCUCCCAAGCCUCUGUAGGAGGAGAGCACAGCUUCCCUCCCAAGCCGCCUUGAGAGGAGAGUGAUCCCUGCAGAGGCUUGGGAGGGAAGCUGCACACCCCCCAGCCUUAUGGUUGGCGGGGCGCAGCUGGCGGGCGUGCAGGAAAAGGGGAGGCCGCCAGCAAAGCCGUGCAGCUCCCCCACUCACUCGGGCGCCGCUGAGAGGCCGGCGCCCUGGCGCGACUCUCCACUAAGCCCUAUGAGAAAGAUGGCUCUGGAUGGUACAGUUCAGGGUGAAUGGAAAGGGAAAGAUGGGGGCAGAUAAAGCCUUGCUUCAGAUUUUGUCAGUCUUUCCUUGAAGACUACAAAAUUUGAAUGUAUUCGCAAUAUUGUUCUCUUCUGUGUAGGCUGAACUCAAUGAAGUCCUUGAGGAAGAUGCUGAAACCAAGGAUGCUCCAACACUUUCUCCUGCUCCUGUUAAGGUGCGAACCUCCCUUCCAGCUUGGGUUUCUUCCUCUUUUCUUCUUGUUGGGCACUUUUUAAAUUGCAGAUGAAACUGAUGUUGAAGAAUUUCGUUCUUUUCCUUGGACUUGUUAGCACUAGUUGAUAACCCACAGGCUAGUAGCCAAUUUUGCAGUCUUGCUUGUAAAUACAAGGGAGCAGUAAGUAGGACUUACAGCUCUCAUGUAUCUCAUAAAACAAAAAAACUCUUUCAAGAUUGCUAAGAACGUGUGUAGUAGCUAAGGGGAAGAGCUGUAAUCUGGAGAGUCUCCUGUUCAAAUGUUGCUUUAGUCAUGAACCUGCUGGUUGGUCUUCACACUAAGGGAGUGGGGGGAGGGAGCUAACCUGUGGCCCCCCAGAAGUUAAUGGACUGCAACUCCUAUAUUUCAUUUUUUAAUGCAAUUUAUUAAUUUUAUAAUAACCACACACAAAAAUCAAACCAUAAUUUUUAGGUCAUCUGUAUAUACAAACCACAACAUCACCAUACCUUUGAUUUCCCUCCACUCCCCCUCUCGGUUCCAUUGUUUUCUUUUUAUUCAUGCACAUCCAUAAAGCCUUAUAUUCCUGACAGUCCAAUUUUAAACCCUUAUUCAUCUUAUUACAAGUGACUUUUAAAAGUUCAAUUCAUGUAGAAAUCUGUACACAAAACUUUUAAAAAUUGCAUUAAACAUUUCCCUUUUUUAAAAUCAAAGUCCUUUCUUUCUUGGGUUUCAAAUUACCAUAUUUUUCCCUCUAUAACACGCAGAUUUUUUCUCCUAAAAAGUAAGGGGAAAUGUCUGCGCGUGUUAUUGAGCGAAUGUGUGGUCCCUGGAGCCGACAGGCGCGAGUGAAGGCAAAAAUCAGACAAAUAUCAAUCGUCCGGAGAAGGGAGCCUUGAAAAGAGGAAGCUGCUGCUUUCCUGCAUUCUGCCUCAGGGUCUUACUGCCCACCCGCUUCUGUUUGUUACUGUGUUUGCUCAAACGGAACAAAGAGCAGAGAAAACCCCUCCCCUCCAGGCAAGCAGAGGGGAAAGCAGAGCGUCCUUCCUUCUAAUUCCUCUCCGUGCUCCGGUGCUGCAACAUGCAGGUAGGGGGAGAGAGAGAGCUGGCUGGCUUGGGUGGGUGCGUGGGGGGAACUUUUGCCUUCCUUUCCUCCCUCCGGUAAAACCCCUCUCCUGCAUUCUUAGCCAGCUGCUUCUCCGCACACCCCUCUCGGUGCUCCUUGUCCCUUCUAUGUUUUUCCUUCCCUCCCCACUUAAAACGUGGUUACAAAGCACGGAUCCACAUGGAUCCUCAGGAUCUUUGCAUUGGGUCACCCCAAAUUCACCAUCAGAUCACAUAGCAAUGAUCUGAUGCAAAAACAGGGCUGCAAUGGUGCAAAAACGUGGUUACAAAGCACGGAUCCACAUGGAUCCUCAGGAUCUUUGCAUUGGGUCACCCCAAAUUCACCAUCAGAUCACAUAGCAAUGAUCUGAUGCAAAAACAGGGCUGCAAUGGUGCAAAAACGUGGUUACAAAGCACGGAUCCACAUGGAUCCUCAGGAUCUUUGCAUUGGGUCACCCCAAAUUCACCAUCAGAUCACAUAGCAAUGAUCUGAUGCAAAAACAGGGCUGCAAUGGUGCAAAAACAUGGUUACAAAGCACAGAUCCACAUGGAUCCUCAGGAUCUUUGCAUUGGGUCACCCCAAAUUCACCAUCUGAUCACAUAGCAUGUCCAUGGCUACAGCCUGCACCAAAAAAAUCACGCACCCACUGUUGCCUGGGGCUGAAAUGGUGCAAAAACGUGGUUACAAAGCACAGAUCCACAUGGAUUCUCAGGAUCUUUGCAUUGGGCUACCCCAAACUCACCGUCAAAUCACAUGUCUGUGGCCACAGCAUGAAGCACAAAAAUGAUACAUCCACUGUUUCAUUCAGAAUUUUUUUUUCUUGUUUUCCUCCUCUAAAAACUAUGUGCGUGUUAUGGUCAGGUGCGUGUUAUCGAGCGAAAAAUACGGUACCUAAUUUGUCCUGCAUAGUUCACUAAUUUAUUUUGCCAAUCUUCUUUAUCUUCUUUGGCGGUGGCUUCUUCCUUCUGUGGGGGGUGGGCACAAUUCCUCUAUUUCCUGACCAUUUGCCAUGAUGACUGAGGCUGAUGGGAGUUGGGAGUCCCAACAGCAGUUGAAGGACCACAGGAUAGACUCUUCAGCCUCCAGCUGUAAUAGGGGAAGAGCAACAGUGUUCUAGACCACAGGGCAGUUGCUGUAACUCUUAAUGACAUAGUGUGCAUGUGUGUGAAGUGUUUUGGACUUCUCUGCAGCAGGGGUGGGCCCCCUUUUUAAACCAAAGGGAGGGCUGCAUUUGCUUCUGGGCAACCUUCCCACGGCCACAUGCUAGUGAUGGGCAGGGACAGAGGCAAAAGCGGGCAUGGCAACAAAGGUAAAUGGUAACUUUCGGUUUCUAAGCACACUCUCACAUUCCUCUCUUCCAUUCAGACAAACAAGAGGCGUUAUUGGAAUUCAAGUAGACACUUAGGGUGCAAAACGGGGCCAGUGAAGAGAGUGGUGCUAAUAAUAAUAAUUUAAUGAUUUAUUAAAUAAUAACUGUUAACUAAUAGCUAACAGAGAGAGCUUUAGGGAGUCCAAAUCCUUAAAACAGCCUCAUAUAGUAGGUCCAUAAUAAUAAUUAAGGCUUAGGAUGAUAGCAAGAGAGUGCAGCUUUGACAAUGAGGCAAUGACUUCUGUUUUUCAUACUGAGAGUAUGCUCUCUUUUUCCUUCUAUAAAAUGAUCUUGCUCCAGCUGCAUUAUAGUGCACAGACAGGUGGGUGUUUCUGCAGGGGAGUGGAGGGACAAGGCCACUUACUUCCUUGCCCAGCGUCUGGAACUGUUGGGGCGGGGGGCAUGGCGUCAGAUGUGCAAUGUCUUGCACAGAUCAGCAGUCGACAAAUGUGGGGAUUGGAUUUGUUUUUUCCCUGGGAAAAAAUGGUCUGUUUCGUGCUUUCCCAGACAAAUAAUACCCCUGCCGAUUCCAGCAGCACGGAAUCCAUUUUGCUAGAAAGACUAGCCAUGUACAAAGCUGCAGCUGCUAACGCAAAGCAAGCCAACGAAAGCUCCAAAGUGCGUCGCUACGAAAGGGGGAUCAAGGUAAGCCACCAGAUAUUCACCGAAAUAUAAUUUUGAAAUUUGGCAAUCAGAUCUUCUAGGUUUUGUAUGGAAAAACUAUCAGAAAUUGAAUUUUUAAAUACCGUAUUUACUCAAGUCUAAUGCGCACUGUUUUUGCCAAAUGAUGCUGCAAAAAAAUGGGUGCACAUCAGAUUCAAUGGAGCAGUAAAGGUACCCCUGACUGUUAGGUCCAGUUGCGAACGACUCUGGGGUUGCGUGCUCAUCUCGCUCUAUAGGCCGAGGGAGCCAGCGUUUGUACGCAGACAGCUUCCGGGUCAUGUGGCCAGCAUGACUAAGCCGCUUCUGGCGAACCAGAGCAGCGCACGGAAACACCGUUUACCUUCCCACCUUCCUACUUGCACUUUGGCGUGCUUUCGAACUGCUAGGUGGGCAGGAGCUGGGACCGAACAACGGGAGCUCACCCCGUCACGGGGAUUUGAACCACCAACCUUCUGAUCGGCAAGCCCUAGGCUCUGCGGUUUAGACCACAGCGCCACCUGCGUCUCAUGGAGCAUUAGACUUGAGUAAAUACGCACCUUGCUACCAGCUUCUAGUUGGUGGUGAGAAGCAGGCUCUCUCCCAUCAAUGGAGAGGAUUAAAGAGCUCUGCACCUUGUUGCUGGUUCACGCUAGCAUGUGAGAGGGGAGAGAUGAAAGCAAUCCCAGGGCCGCUCUUGCUCUCUAAGCUACAGUAAGCCAUUACAUCUGCACUGGCCCUUACCAUUAGGGUGUAAGGAAAGAGUUACAGCCUUGGCAGACAUAGGAGGCAGCAGUACCAAACAUGAGGAGAUCUUGUGUCUGAUUAGAUGAGCAAGGAUGCAAAAAAAAUGGAAAGGUUUGAGCAAGAGUUUGAAGUCUUGAAGGUAGGAGCAACAGUUUGAUGGAUGUGAAGACUUAAAGGAAUCCAGUGGGAGUUUCUUUUAAAUUUCUAUAAAGAGACAGAUGGAGGCUUCAGAGCGAUGUGGGGAAAUAAUAUUUUGGUAUGCGUGAAAUACAUGGGUUUCUGGGUUGGGAAAGCCCUCUGGAGGCAUUCUCAGCUUGUGUUUUAAGUUUCUGAAACGUGCAUGUUACAAUAUAUACAUUCUUCCCUCAGACUCUGGAAAACUUGUUGACCUCUGUGAAGAAGGGCAAAAAGAUUGACGAAGAUGAAAUUCCUCCACCAGUGUCUACAGGAAAGGUCACAAAUUCCCAGCAGCAGGGCUCUCCUUUGGAGACAGCUCCAGCCUCACAGGUCUCCUCCGCCUUGGAUGAAACUACAAUUGUCGCCAAUCACCUUCCUCCAGAGUCAUCUCCUGCAGCUCCUGAGCAACCACCUUCUCGAGUACUGCCUCUACCUGAACUAUCCCCCAAGCUGCCACCACCAGUACUUCCAAAACCAAAGAUUUCUCCACCUCCUCCUGUGUCACUUAGAUCCCCAGAGGCUCCACAAGAAAAAUCUGCCACUGUGGCACCUUCCCCUUCUUUGGGUUAGUACUAAAUGCAAAUAUGCAGCAUAAAAAAGACCAAGAUGUUUGAGAGAUGUUUGAUGGGUGAUUGGGGUAGCUGUGGAAACCCAGCCAGAUGGGUGGGGUAUAAAUUAUUAUUAUUAUUAUUAUUAUUAUUAUUAUUAAUUAUUGCAAACAUAUUUCACCAUGGGUUAAAGGAGGGGUUGCAUCAUCAUCAUCAUCAUCAUCAUCAUCAUCAUAAAUUUAUUGUUUAUACCCCGCCCAUCUGGCUGGCUUUCCCCAGCCACUGUGGGCGGCUUCCAACAAAAUAUUAAAAUACAAUAGUCGUUAAACAUUAAAAGCUUCCCUAAACAGGGCUGCCUUCAGAUGUCUUCUAAAAGUCUGGAAGUAUUUUUUCUCUUUGACAUCUGGAGGGAGGGCAUUCCACAGGGCGGGUGCCACUACCAAGAAGGCCCUCUGCCUGGUUCCCUGUAAGUUGGCUUCUCGCAGCGAGGGAACUGCCAGAAGGCCCUCAGCACUGGACCUCAGUAUCCGGGCAAAAUGAUGGGGUGCCUUCCAGGUGUUUGUUGGACUCCCAACAUCUGGAGGGCUAGGGGGUCCCCACCUCUGGGUUAAAGCCAUGUUUAGCCUUGACUUGUUUUUCAGAACUGUUUUUAGCCUGGUAGUCAAGUAGGUGUCACAAACAGGACCUAAACAAGAACCCCAGGUUCAAAUUCUUACGGUGCUCAUUGGAUGGGUUUGGACACUCUACUGUCUGUCUUUCUUUUUUUUUAAAACAUAAUUUUUAUUAACAGGCCAAUCAUAUCACAUUAUUUCAAAUCACAUUAAGUCUUUCAACCCACCUUUGAUGUCAGAGAACUCAAUAGGAAUGGGCUUUCUGAUUUCUAACAAGAAAUCACAAACUGAAUCAAAACCAACUGAAGUACUAGAGAAAAUGGAAAAAGUUAUUUUCUUUAAAAAUAUACAAAUAUCAUGUAACUUUGGUUCUUUCUUUGCCCUGCCCCAAUGAAUAGGAGCUAUCCUUUUUAUUUUUCUUGCUCUAGUUAGCUGUGUUUUGGCUGGUACAAUUUAGUUUCAACACUUUAAAAAGUGGUGUCACCACUUCCAGUCACUUUGGAUUGGGUUGGGGGGGGAGUGACAUGAAUGAAAAGAAAACCCCACGCUAAUACAUCAUGGUUAAUGACUGUAUCUCUUCUUUAUGUCAUUUGAUGCUGUAACCAACCCCGUGACAAGGUCAGGACAGAAAUUUUACUUAGAGAUACAUUAAUUAAAACCCUAUUUAGACAACCUGUGCCCCAAACAUAAUGGCGAGGAUGCAAAGAGUCCUUCAGUUUGCUGCAUGCACUCACAUCACUUACAUUUUGCCUUGCGUUUCUCUAACGGCUGAUCCUCAUGGCAAGUUGCUUUUGAAACUGAUGGGAACCUCAAGAGCAGUUUGUGUAAUGUCGUGUGGGGUGGGGGACUGAAAAAAACCCUCACAGGGACACACAGCCCACGUUGUUCUCUGGAUCCCAGUCUUUCAUAUUGCUUUGACAGGGAUGUGCAACAGCAUGUUCUACAUCUCUGUCUUGCUAGUAGUGAUCUCUGUUAGCUGCUCCGGGAGUCUUUUUGACUACAGAACACAAUGUGUGGUUUGCUAUGCCUAAUAAAGGAUAUUUGAUUUGAUUUGACUACAGAACACACUUAAAAUGCUUUGCAAAAUCUGCUCCUCCUCAGAUUCCAAAAGCUCCAGUACCCAGGUGCUUCUGCAAGCCAGACAGCGGGAAUACAAGCUGGCUGCUCUGCGGGCUAAACAGGAAGGCAGCAUUGAAAUGGCUACAAAGUACUACCGCAUAGCCAAGGUACGUGCACUUCUACAGCAAGACAGAGGUCCUUUUUGCAAGAGGUCAGGAAAAACAGUGGUCCGUGGGGAGAACGAUCGUCGCCAAAGUUGCUAUCUCUUUCUGCAGACCCUCGCAAGUGUCCCUAUUUUCCAGGGCCAUCCCUGAUUUAGAGAAGCUGUCCCGAUUUCUGAUUUGAUCCCAGAAUGCCUGGCUUUUCCUUGGGAUGUCCCUGUUUUCAUUGGAGAAAUGUUGGAGGGUGUGGAGUUAUCCGACCCCAGAGCCGUCUGAAAGCAAUCCUGUAUAGGGAAUUUAUACAAGUAACGUUUAUGGUAAUGUUUUUCAGAGCCUUGACCCUCUUUUAGCAUCUGUGGGUAAAGGAGAGGCGGUGGAUCUCAGUCAUCUGCCUCCACCUCCAGGUAAGAAUAGUUGGGUGUUCCAAGUUGUGUCCCCUGCGCAUGAGCUUUGGUUCUCUCCAUAUCAUUUGCUACCAGACUUCCUUGUAGAGAUAUGGCACACCAGUUCUACUUCUAGUAAAGAGCAGGUAGAAGUGCAUUGAUUAAUUCCAUAAUAUGAAAUAGCUAGCUAAUCCAAAAAGUAAUCCCAGUUAUAUUUUAUGAGUUGAAACUCUUGAAUCAGAUGUUUCCUGUCUUCCCAACCUGAAACACAUGCCAUUACAAAAAUUCUAGAAUAAUCCUUGUGGGGCAGUCACUCCUGAUUCAGGUAACUUAACAAGACUUCUGGUAGUAAUAAUAAUCAUUUUAUUUACAGUGGACGCUCGGGUUGCGAAUGUGAUCCAUGCGGGAUGCACGUUCUCAACCCACAGCGUUCGCAACCCACGUCUGCGCACGUGCGGGUUGCGAUUUGGCGCUUCUGUGCAUGCGCAAAGCGCAAUUCAGCGCUUCUGUGCAUGCGUGACUGCCGAAACACUGAAGUAACCUGAGGUAUGACUGUAUGCCCUUCCCAUCUGGCUGGAUUUCCCCAACCACUCUGAGCUGCUUACAGUACAUGUAAAACAUAAUCAAACAUCAAACAUGAAAAGGUGGCAAGGUGGUAAGAUGGCAAUGGCAGCGGCCACCCCAGUUGAGCCCCCAUUCAAGGUUUCUAACACUCUCAGGUGCAAAGGGAAAGCUGAUGCAGCCAGUACUGGCUUCACAGUCUUCAGGAAGCCAAAUUCUUCCAAGGCUCCUCUCAGGCUGAAGCUUUGUGUACAUUACCUAGGAGUGUCUCAGUGAAUUUAGUAGGACUUGUUUCUUAAUAGACAUGCAUAGGAAUACGUUGUAAGUGCUUUAUUUAUACUAGUCUACUCACAAAGCUAACACGAAGAACUAAGGCAUGUUGGUUGUCCUCCAGAAUGGCCAGGGCAUGGUCAUAUGAAGGGAGCUUGAGACUGUUUAAAAAGGAUGGAAUCUCAUCUUUGCUUACGUUGGUGCAAAGUUACAUCCCAGAUCAUUACAUGUUUUUGGCUAGGAGAGUGUUUAUCCUUGGUCUUAACUAUCAGGAACAAGAUGAAUUCCACUUGUUCUAAAUAUUUGGUCUGCGUCUUAAUCUUGUUACCUUUCUGUUUCUGGGGUGGGGCAUUCAGACAAACAGGAAAGUCUUUGUAUGGUGACUGCUCAGUGCUGAGACUUGCCCUUUCUUGUAGCCUGAGAAAGGGAGACAAAAUCCCUGAGAUUCGCUCACAGCUCAGGCCUAUCCUGCCUUUGGAUUGAAUGAUCCCCAAGGCGGCUUGCAAUCGUUUGCAGUAAUACUCACACUACUUGUACACAAACCACAACCCCUUGCUACUCAACAGCUCUUGGUCUCCUGGCUGACGGCAGGGGCCAGGGUGUGUUUCUCUUCUGCUCUGAACCCUCAGGGCAAAGUGCAUUGGAGCAGGGGCAUUGCGAACAUUUGGUCUUAAUAGCUCAGCACUCCAUGGGUGUUUGGGGCAGGGUGGUGGUAGAAUGCAACUUAGAAGUGUUAUAUUGAAGAGCCCCUGCUGAAAGACUCAUUGACUGCUGGUUUCAGUAGGGAAGGGCGCUGCCAGCCUAUUGUGAAUCGGCUUAUUGUCAUGCAACUGCUAGCUAUUUUUCUUCCACAGAUCAGCUGCCCAAGGAGAUGUUGUCCCCAAGUGUUCCACAAUCCCCUGUAGCUACAGCAACAACACCUCUUGCACAGGCUGCAACCCCACUGGCACCGGGAGUCUCAAGUGCAGGAGGUAAGAACCCAGUACGGCUUUCUUGCUUCUAGUUGUCCUGAGAAUAUUGCUUCACUGUGCAGAGCCUGCAGCUCAGCUUCUUGUAGUAUAGGCGUUCUGCAUCUUUUUUCUUUGGGGCUUUGCUUGCUAGUUUUUCUGCAGGUGGGAAAAGUUCUCUUGGGGUGCAGCCUUCACCCUGUAGUAGGCCUGGCCUCUUACGUCACUUGCCUAGUUCUGCUGAGUUAAUAGAUCUGAUUCCCUAGAAUUGUAUAGGACUUUGCAUGAUGAAUUUGGGUAUUUUUCCUGAUCUGAUUUAGCGUGUUUAUAUUACUUGUAUUUAAUAAAGCUUUAAAAUUGAAACUGACAAGUUUGUCUAGUAUUUAUUUGCAGCUGGCAUCUGCUCACUGUUGCUGAUGAACUUCUGAAAGGAUUUUUUUUGGCAGAAAAAUAGAAAACUGCAAAAAAAACAAAAACCUGCCUUGUAUCAUUGACCCCCCCAAAUUCAAAGAAUAGUUUUCCUCAAGGUCAUCUUUUUAACAAAUAUGUCAUGUGUGGAAACUGUUCAGUCUUAAGCAUAUUUUUGACAGACUGAAGAUGAUUGAUGUGCUCUUACAAGUCUAAUAAAGGAUCCAGGAGACUUUUGAUCUUGACCCAACAUAGAAGUUUUAAGUGAACAUAGUGCUUUAUGUCUAGUGUAGUGGUUUUCAAUCUCCUUCCCCCUCCCCUGACCUUUAGAAAAUUGCUUAGGGCCUCACAAGACCACCUAAUAAAGUAUUUUAGUUCCACAAGUGAACAAAAAACUACAACUCAUAUUUUAACAGCCAUAAGCUAACUUUUCUAAGAUGAUGGUUAUGCUUCUGGUUUUAUGAUAAAGAAAAAUAGUGCCAGCAUCAUAAUUAAAAACAGUGCCGUAUAAUGGAAAAUCAUAGGCUUUUAGUCAGGCCACUGUGGAGAACUUCUUUGACUGGUUAAAUUUUAGGGGAAAAUUAGAGUGUUGUAUUUUGAAAAGCCAGUGGCUUGUCAUUCUGGUUGAUAUAUUUGGUCUUGGUAAAAAUAAAGCCCAGGUCCCUCGCAGGGGGAAAAAAUCAGUCAGAUGCAGGGCCAGGUACAGAUAUUAUGGGCUAUUGUGCAGCAUUUCAGCGGACCUUCUGAGACCAGUUUGAGAGCUUUGGUUCUAAAGAAGGCAAGAUCAGUUUGGAGUAUGGCAUAUUGUCAUUUUUGUUUGAUCUUCAAAACAAUGUCAUAAAUAAGAGGGGAAACCAUUCAUCUUUCCACCCAUUCAGAAUGAGAAGCAGUAGUUCGUAUCCUAAACUCCCAGGCAUAUAAAUUUAGCUAAUCAGGCACUGACGUCAACUGCUUGGGAUAUUCUGCAGUUUCCUUCCUCAAGCAACAUUUGUCCAUGCAUCUGCCUACGAUGCUGAAGGGAUAGGGUAAACUUUCAAGGCACUAACCUUGUUUUAGAUAAGCCACCCACCCACCCCUUCCUAGUCUCACCUUCAUGCAUGCAAGAAUGGACUGACAUAGAAUUGCCUGCUUUGUUUCCAGAUGUGCCCCCGCCUCCUCGAGAUAUUAUGGAGGCACUGCAGCAGAGGAUGGACAGAUACAAGACAGCAGCAGCCCAGGCAAAGAGCAAAGGAGAUGACAGGAAGGCUAGGAUGCACGAGCGAAUUGUGAAGGUGAGGGACCUGCUUUCUUUACGCUUUUGCUCGCUAGCUUUCCUGCUCAAAUGUUACGUAGCACAGAUCUUGUGGUCAUACUGGUGAGGAGCAGAUAGAGAAAAAGCAAUUUGCUUCCUGCUGCAACAUAACUGGGCUCAUGGUGGCUGGAAUAUGCUAAUAAGUAUUUUCCUCUUGCCGCCUAAUGAACAGAUACAGAAUCGUGAUGAUUUUUGCAGAAAAUCAGUUUCCGGGUGUAGAAACUGAAUUAAAAUGUUGGUUCUGUUUAUUUUGAUAUUCGGGAAUUGUGAUCAGUAACGAGCGUUUGUAUCACACAUACCACUUGUGUAACUCUUUGGGGAAAUUACUGGCCCUGAGAAGUCCUCAAGGAUCACCCCCCACAGCAGUCGUAGGUCUCAACAUUUUCUUCCCACCCAUUCUGCUUUUAGUUCACUAUAAAUUGGGGAGUCUGCUUGCCCAUCCUCAGCGAGCAGGAUGAGGCAGAAGGGGUGUGCUAAUGUCAUCUUGGUAUUAUUGCAGCAAAAGGUUUAAAACCCCUUAACAUCCAGUCAUUUUAACAAUUAAUUUGUUCUGUUUUUAAAUGGUUUUCUAUAUUUUAUUGUAUAAGUGGUGUUGUACACAGCCCUGAUAUUUAUGAGAAGGCAGUAUAUAAAUAAUUUGAUUGAUUGAUUAAAGCAGGCCAGACUAGAGCCAAAGCUAGUUUUCACUUGCUCUGAAGUUCUCCUUGUGCUGCUAUCUAAUUUAGCUCAAGAACACAAUUCCUGAUUGACUAUAAGCCCUCUGUUAAUUUCACUGGUAGAUUAAAAACAAACAGCAGCUCAACAAUGCGGUCUGUGCUUUGCUUAAAAAUGAGCAACACUUGUAAAAUCUGUAGGACUUGGAGAUAAAAGUGUUAAAACCCAAGUGGCACUGAAAGAACAGUUCAGAAUGAGCAAAGUUAAAAAAUAGAAAUUCAAAUGCAGGGCAAGAGAUACCAAAAGAUGAACUGAUUCUACUCACAACUCCAGAAGCAGCAAGCUGGUAUGAGCUAAGGAUUUGGGUGAUUCUAGGAUGAGACCCACCCAAGCUACUGCCAUUUAAAGCACAGAUGUUUAAUGAGUGUACAGGCAGAACAAUUGCUUUAUUAACAAUGUUCCUGAUAAUAAGUAAGCAAAUAUGCAUACUCUCAUACCUUGUUUUUUGCUGCAACUAUCCCAAGAAAAGUAGCGUUACUCACCCUUUUUCUAGAAAGACCAUGCUCCCAAAUUAGGGAUUUCAGCUUCUGUUUUUGUUUCCCUCUUCAGCAAUAUCAAGAGGCCAUCAGAGCUCACAAGGCAGGAAAACCUGUUGAGUUUGGUGACCUCCCUGUUCCCCCAGGUAUGUAACUUGCAAUCUUGUUAUCGGAAGUUGGGGAGGCAAGGAUGCAUCUGGCAAAUGCUGCCCUCUUGUGGCAACAUCAUGUUAGGUUACCCCAAAGUAAAGAAAAGGUAAAGGAACCCCUGACCAUUAGGUCCAGUCGUGACCGACUCUGGGGUUGCGGCGCUCAUCUCGCUUUAUUGGUCGAGGGAGCCGCGUAUAUCUUCUGGGUCAUGUGGCCAGCAUGACUAAGCCGCUUCUGGCGAACCAGAGCAGCGCACGGAAACGCCGUUUACCUUCCCGCCAGAGCGGUACCUAUUUAUCUACUUGCACUUUGACGUGCUUUCAAACUGCUAGGUUGGCAGGAGCAGGGACCGAGCAACGGGAGCUCACCCCGUCGUGGGGAUUCAAACCGCUGACCUUCCGAUCGGCAAGUCCUAGGCUCUGUGGUUUAACCCACAGCGCCACCCACGUCCCAAAGUAACUCCAAAGUAACUCUAUCUAAAUCAGACGUGGCCAAACAUGGCCCUCCAGAUGUUUUGGGACUACAACUCCCAUCAUCCCUAGCUAACAGGACCAGUGGUCAGGGAUUAUGGGAACUGUAGUCCCAAAACAGCUGGAGGGCCAAGUUUGGCUAUGCCUGAUCUAAAUAGAUGGCUCUUCUGAGUUUUCUUCUUGAUUUCCAGCUUAAGCUUCCAUCACACAGGGAGAUCUUGGGCAUUAUAAGAAGCCCCACCAAUAGAUGCCCACAUCAAAACAUAUUCUAGCACAAGAGGGCUCCCACCCCAACUCAUGCACUCCCUGCAUCCCCCCAAGUUGGCUCUGGGGAGUUGGGAAAACCCCCAAAACAGCAUGUAGAAAGAGAAGAGGUCAGAUCAUUCCAUCAGACAAGCAAGAAAUGCUUGCGCUGAUGGAGCUAUCUGCUUAGUGCUGUGUUGAAUUCCUCCCUAUGCUUCUAACUGCAAAGUUUGUGCCCUCCAGAAUGAGACAAAGGGCUCAGCUGGCAAUCGAUAAGAUUGCAGAUGAAGGUGGCAGCCCUAGGCAAAAUUAUUUGGAAGGAAAGCACUGAAGUGAGUGGCACCUAUUUCACAUUAUCCCAAUUAGGGUCAGGGUUUUUAGCAUUGUGUUUGCUUUGCUGAAAGCUGAAACUCCGUAAAGAAGGGAAAGGGGGUAUCCAGCAAAAAAACUCAGCCUGACCAUGUACAUCAGGCUUCCUCAACCUCAGCCCUUCAGAUGUUUUUGGCUUACAACUCCCAUGAUCCCUAGCUAGCAGCACCAGUGGUCAGGGUUGAUGGGAUGAUGUAGUCUCAAAACAUCUGGAGGGUUGAGGUUGAGGAAGCCUGAUGUACAUUGAAGGGACCAUUGUCAACAUGCCCAGUUAUCUUUAAUAUUUCAUUGCUGGAUUUUGCAUAGGCUGCUUUGAGAGGUAGUUGGAAAGAAGUUAUAAAUACAGUGUGCUAAUCGUGGCCGUUUCCUCCACAUUGACUCCUGUAGAAUAACUGCAAACUUGUGAUUUCUUUACUACACAUUUGCUCGAACAAAUGUGCUUGCAUUUCUGUUACUUGUAGAAAGGGAGCAAGGAACAGUGGGGCUGUGAAAUCUUUGGCCACUUGAAAUCUUGUUUCCUCCUGUCUUCAAAGGCAAAGUAGACAUUGCCUUCAGUUUCAAACUGUAUCUUUACAGCCAUGGGCUGGAAAUGUGUUUAAUUUUUAAAGAACUGGUCUCAGAUCCCAAAGAAGCUGACUUCUUCACUCAGUACCAAAUCCUUUGCUUACACACACACUUCUGGGUGCCAUAGAUCCAAUUAAUUUUAUAAUGAAUGAUUUUAGAGUGUUGUUUGUGCUGUACUUUUGUACUGUUUUAUUGUUGUUAGCCGCCCUGAGCCCGGCUUCUGCUGGGGAAGGCGGGAUAUAAAUAAAAUUUAUUAUUAUUAUUAUUAUUAUUAUUAUUAUUCUCAGGCUAUGGAUGUGUUGGAUAAAUAGGCAAGCUAUGAGACUGAGAAGGUGUAGGGAGCUUUUGACCCUCCAGAUGUUGCUGAACUACAUCUCCCAUCAACCCCAGCAAGCAUGCCCAGUGGCCCAGGAUGAUGGGAAUUUUAAUUCAGCAACCUCUGGUACAUUUAGCAGUAGCUUUUGCCUUCUAAUCAGUCACUGUGUCAUCUUUGGCAGGGUUCCCUCCAAUCCAAGGAAUGGAAUCUUCACCAGGAGAUCAGAGCUUUGUGGGGAUCCUCGAAACAGCCAUGAAACUAGCCAAUGAGGAGGAUGAAGAUGCUGAGGAGGCAAAAAAGGUUGGGUUGUGUGCUAGUCAAAGUCCUGAUUGAAUUUGUGGUUUGUUUUUUUUAUAAGUCAUAAUUCAAAAAAUCAUAUUAACAACUCAUAAAGGAAACAGUUCAUAAGAAGUAAACAAGGAGGCCAAAAAGGAAGUCUUUUAUUUUGUUGUUUGUUAUAUUUUAUGUUAUGUUUAUGUUUAUGUCCAAUGGUGGUGGAUUUGUUUAUUUGAGUUGCAGUGGAUUUAUGAUGUAAAUAAAUAAAUUUAAAAUAAAAUUUAAAAAUGUAAAAAAGGGGGUGGGGCCUGUACUGGCAAUAACAUUACUUUUAAGUGCUGGUCGUGCAGUCAAGGUUUUAAGAUUGAAUGCUAUGUCAUGAACAGAGUUUAGACUUCUCCAACUGCCUUGAUAUCCCACGUGAUUCCCUGUGGGUCAGGUUGGUCUUUCGUUGCACCAAGGAAUGUUUUCGGAGACGUACCUCCUCUCUUGUUUUUUCAGCCUGACCACCCAAACCAGCCUGCAUCAUCCAAACCAGCCAGCUCACCACAGCCUAAGCUGCCACCCCAGCCAGGCUCACGAGUCGCCCCUGCAGCUCCAAAGGCAACGGGGGCAGGUAAAAGUGCCUCAAAGGUCAACACAAAAGGUAACCCCACUUUUAUUUAUUGGUUUACCUUUCAUUCAUAAUAUAAGCAUGGUUUAUAAUAUAAAACAGUGGCUUAUGAUGUGAGGAGACUUGAUACGAAACAAAAGAGCAUCAAUGAGGGAAGAGGAAAAUAAGUAAAUUCAUGUGCCAGCCUGAAUAUCAGUGACAGGAGACAAUUUUUCAGAGAAGCUUGAUCUUAUCUGUGUAGUGGUGCCUAGGCUGUUGGGGAAAAUGUUUAGAUUCUGUGGUGUCCCUUUUCGCUUUUUAUUGUAAAGUACCACAAGUACUGGGGACGCGGGUGGCGCUGUGGGUUAAACCACAGAGCCUAGGACUUGCUGAUCAAAAGGUCGGCGGUUCAAAUCCCCUCAACGGGGUGAGCUCCUGUUGCUCGGUCCCUGUUCCUGCAAACCUAGCAGUUUGAAAGCACGUCAAAGUGCAAGUAGAUAAAUAGGUACCACUCCGGCGGGAAGGUAAACGGCGUUUCCGUGCGCUGCUCUGGUUCGCCAGAAACGGCUUAGUCAUGCUGGCCACCUGACCUGGAAGCUGUACGCCAGCUCCCUUGGCCAAUAAAGUGAGAUGAGCACCGCAACCCCAGAGUGGAUUACGACUGGACCUAAUGGUCAGGGGUCCCUUUACCUUCUACCACAAGUACUGAAUGACAGGGUAGUGUUUUAUGAAUAAAAUUACUCAUUUUGUGGACACGCUAAUCCUAGAUACACAAAUGGUUUAAGCAUUGGGAGCUUCUCCGCCUUGGCAGUUCGGUCUGUACAGGAGCUCUUGACAUCAAAACCAAGCCACGGUUUACAAGUGAUUUGGUCACUCUUCAGACAGAGUGUUUUCAAAUUAGCAGUGUGAGGGGUUUUUUCAGUAUCAGGCAUUCAAGCUCCUUGGGCAACAUUGAUUCCUGUUGUUCCAGAUUGCAGGUCAGACAACAACAGAAUCUAUGUUGGUGGCACGUUCCACGUUUCUGAUUUAUGCAAAAAUCCCUGGGCCGAUUGGUGCCUCUUUGAUUGAGGUACUUGGUUUUUCCCAAUCUCCAUUUUCCCCUGAAUUUUACAGCCCAAAAAUCACUGCCAUGUGGGUAGGACUUUGCAGUGACCACCUAAUAACAGACUGAGACGCUUGGGCUCUGUUCCUUGGACUGUUUUCUCUGCAACAGCCCCAAACUUUCUCCAAUGGAAGCAAACAGCUCCUCUUUUUUUGCUAUUUUGGAAUCCAACCCAACAGGAGAACGACCAUUUCUUAACUGGUGCAAUGUAGCAUUCAUUAUUGACUGCUCUUGGAGAUAAGAUAAUGGCUGGUUUUUUAUUAUUAUUUCUAAGGCUGCCUAGACUCAUUAUAGGCUCUGCGUUUAUUGCUGUCUCCUGAGCAAACAUGCUUUUCAUGUUACCAGGAUGCUACUUGUAAAAAGUGACUGUUUUGCUUAUGCACAGACAUACGUUAGUGUACUGAAAUAAGAUUUGCACCCUUGCCCAUUUGAGACCUCCUUAUUGUCUGUUUAGAGGAGACUUUGAAGCAUGCCUGAUGGGUCUCCUUUCUCCCUGCAGCUCAACAGCAGCUGACUUUCCUGGAAACCCGGAGGAAGCAGCUGAUGCAGGCAGCUCUCAGAGCAAAGCAGCAGAAUGACAUUGAGGGGGCCAAGAUGUUCUUGCGUCAAGCCAAGGGUCUGGACCCCAUGAUUGAAGCAUCGCAGAGUGGGCUCCCGGUCGACAUAACAAAGGCAAUCAUAUUCUCUCUUUCUCUCUGGUUGGGAAAUGUCUGUCAAAAGAGUUGUGUUAGAAAACAGCUCAAAGCUCAUGAAGUGCAUGAAUGUUGUUUUUCAGUCACUAUGUCCCAGUUCUGGAACCUGAGUUCUGAGCCAGAGAGACAUAUUUUUAAAAAUAAAAAUAAAUCUGGUCUCAUCUGUGGAGCGCUGGAACAAAAAUCUUGCCCUGAUGCUUUCAAUCUUUUGCAUUCCUCAGUGUCUGUAUUCUGAGCGUAAUGGGAUUUGACAAAUAUGUGGAAAAUAGGUGGCUCUGUUUAGCUAUCGUAUCUAAUACUUGUGUUCAAAGGGAGUAUACCUCUUGAGUACAUCAUCCUGGGGAAACAGCAGUGAGGUGGGGACUGUUGCCUUCAUGCACUGCUUAGGAUUUUCCCAGAGGCAUUAUACCAGUCAGAAAAUUUACUAGAUGGACCCUUGGUCUGAUCCAGCAGGCCUGGUCUUUUGUCCUGUUUUAUGUUACAUUAUGACUGACAGUUUGGUCUGUGUCCAAGGAAAACCUGCUCUAAUGCCCCUUCUUGAACCCACUGGCGUGGGGCAAAAUAAUUUUUCGGUCAUCCCAUUUGACUUAGUGCUGUUGCUGAAUGAGGGCCAGUUAAGCUUGGCAUGGGACACUUCGUUAUUAAUUAAUUAAUUAAAUUUGAUAGUUCCUUUAUCUUACCCAAGGGAACCUGAAGCAACUUACAAUCAACCAAACACAAUAAACCCCACAUAGUUAUAUUAAAACCAAGAGGGAAAAGAGAUACAUUAAAAACACCCCACCCACAUCUAGAAGGCCUGUUAGUUAAAAGCCUAAGGCCUGGUUAUAGAGGAAAGUUUUUUUGCCUUUUGCUUACAGAUUUACAGGUUACAGACGCUUCAGGUUACAGACUCCACUAACCCAGAAAUAGUACCUCGGGUUAAGAACUUUGCUUCAGGAUGAGAACAGAAAUGGCGCACUGGUGGCGCAGCGGCAGCAGGAGACCCCCAUUAGCUAAAGUGGUACCUCAGGUUAAGAACAGUUUCAGGUUAAGAAUGGACCUCCAGAACGAAUUAAGUUCUUAACCCGAGGUACCACUGUAUAAUGAUGGCAGCAGGCAAACCUCCCAUUUCAGACCAGCUUAUAGAUCCACACAGUUUUGGAUCGGGAGCUCCCUUUGUGGGAAACCCCGGUCUGUUUGACAGGCAGAGGAUCACUCUGUGCUGAUUUGUGUUUUGUGCAUGGAGGUGACGCAGCCCUAUUCGGAGUGGUUCAUUCUGGUACUAACUUCCCCCGCCCUCAAAUACACACUUUCUCCCUUCAGGUGCCUCAAGCCCCUGUGAACAAGGAGGACUUCACACUUGCGCAGCGUCGUGGAGCCAACAUCUCCCCAGAAACGGCUGCCCAGUACAUGGAGCUUGUGAAAAUUAUGAGGCAGCAGCAUGAGGUAAGUGGGGCACAGCCAAGCUUUAAGGGAUGUUGCAGCCUCUUUUGGAGGAGAUUAGUAAGGAAUCGGGGAGAGCAGGGCUAUCUUUUUAAACUAGAAAGGUUUCUUACUCCUUUUCCUGGAAGCCCCACCAGAUGUGAGACAAGGCAUACGAGGAUGGCAGUCAAUCAUUCUUAUUGAAAUCAUCACACUUGUUACACCUGCCGUUUCCUGGGAGCGAAAUAAGGUGGGAGGGCUGUGGCCUUCAUGCCAUUCUGGUGGGCUUCCUGGAAACAUUUGGUUGGUGGAGCAUAGUUGGAAACAGGAUAUUGGAUUAGACGGACGCUAAUACAGUGGUACCUCGGGUUACAGACGCUUCAGGUUACAGACUCUGCUAACCCAGAAAUAGUACAGUGGUGCCCCGCAAGACGAAUGCCUCGCAAGACGAAAAACCCGCUAGACGAAAGGGUUUUCCGUUUUUCAAUGCGCUUCGCAGGACGAAUUUCCCUAUGGGCUUGCUUCGCAAGACGAAAAUGUCUUGCGAGUCUUGAGAUUUUUUUCGCUUUUUUCCCCCUUUUUCUAAGCCGCUAAGCCGCUAAUAGCCUUUUAGCCGCUAAGCCUCUAAGCCUUUAAUAGCCGCUAAACCGCUAAUAGCGCUAAGCCGCUAAUAGGGUUGCUUCGCAAGACGAAAAAACCGCUAGACGAAGAGACUCGCGGAACGGAUUAAUUUCAUCUUGCGAGGCACCACUGUACCUUGGUUUAAGAGCUUUGCUUCAGGAUGAGAACAGAAAUCGUGCUCCGGCUGUGUGGCAGCAGUGGGAGGCCCCAUUAGCUAAAGUGGUGCUUCAGGUUAAGAACAGUUUCAGGUUAAGAACAGACCUCCGGAACAAAUUAAGUUCUUAACCCAAGGUACCACUGUAGGUGUGAUCCAGCAAGGGAGGGAGGGGGCAAACCUGACAUAAUGGCAGCAGCAGUAUUUCUUGCUUGCAUCUCUCUCCUAUUUACAUAUAAGGGGGGGGUGUAUGUGUGUGUUUGAAUAUAUACAUCAGAAGGGACUGUUGGUGUGGCCCCGUAUGGACUUCCUGCAGCUAUCCGAGUAUUAAGUAAAUGAUGAGCAAUGGAUGGGCUAUUAAGAAAGAUGCAAGUGGCUUCUGGGUUCCUUGAGAAGAUAGUCUGCAUACUCUGGCCAUAUAAGGGCUGGAACUUGCUUAUUAAGGGGUGGAAUUUAAGGCAUUUGACUGCAAAGGUGCAUGACCCAUGGGAGGGAGCCAGGAUCAUGCCUGCCUGCUCCUGAUGUGACUCCUUCCUUUUCCUUUCUUUUUUGUUCCAGAUGUGCAUGAGUUUCUCCAAGCAGUUCACCCAUUUAGGAAACAUCGCAGAAACUACCAAGUAAGUGUGAUGGCAACUGAGAAAUGCCGUUCCCAUCCUCUGCGCUCUCGGCUAAAUCUGUGGUCUGUGUUGGCCAGGAACGCCCUCUUUGCAGCAGGUGCUCCUUAGAUCAUCAUCAAUUUAUUAUUUAUACCCCGCCCAUCUGGCUGAGUUUCCCCAGCCACUCUGGGCGGCUUUCAACAAAAUAUUAAAAUACAAUAGUCUGUCAAACAUUAAAAGCUUCCCUAAACAAGACAGCCUUCAGAUGUCUUCUAAAAGUCUGGUAGUUGUUUUUCUCUUUGACAUCUGGUGGGAGGGCGUUCCACAGGGCGGGUGCCACUACUGAGAAGGCCCUCUUCCUGGUUCCUUGUAUCUUCUGCAUCAUCUGUUCUGCAGCUAGGCUGAGACAGGUCAUUGAAUAGGUUCAUUUGCGUUUUAAAACAAGCAAAAGGAUUCCCAAUGCAAGUGAUGGGAAUGCACUGAAGAGGGGAGGGGGGAAAUAAAGGUCGCAAGUAGAACAAGCUUUCAUGAUUUAUAUUUAAGGUUACAUGCGUUUCUUCCUUCAGGGAAUAUAGAAUGUCUGCCACAUACUGCUCCUCUUAAAGUCCAUUUCCACACAUCACUUUUAUAGUAUGACAUUUUUGCUCAUUGCUACGUUGCUCAGUUCAUGGCGUAAUUUGUUUUUGCUACUGCCUAAUGAAAUCCAUAACCAGCACUCUAGUGCAAAGCUAGCUGUUCUGCAUGGAAUGUUCUAUUUUUCUGACCCUGUUCUCAAAACAUAGCUUGUUCCCAGACAUCUGUGUGUGCUGCCAGUCAGUUACGGUUGGAGGGCUUCCAGUUUUGGCUGUUUUCUGAAAAUACCGCUUCUGUUUGCUAGCAUCCAAGUUAACUCUCUUGUGCUGAAUUCUUUGGGCUGUUGCUUAACCAAGACCCCAGCUUUAUCUGAAUUCUCAUUGGCUGAAGCUUUCCAACACAGUCCGUCUACUCCAACUAUUUCUUCAUGCUUAACAAAGCUCUCAUCGCUCUUCUUUUAUGGCUCAAAGUUAUCUAAAAUGUGCUAAGAAAACUUAUUUGAACUCUGUGAAUCACCCUGUAAACUAAGUUGACUGUUUUGAUCUGCCCCUCUCCAGAUUUGAGAAGAUGGCUGAAGACUGCAAAAAGAACAUGGAGAUCUUAAAGCAAGCCCACGCCAAGGGGUUUCCACUGCCCAAAUAUCACUAUGAGCAGCGGACUUUCAGUGUGGUCAAGUAUGUGGGCCAUUGCUUUGCAGUUUGCCCCAAAUGCUAGAUGCCAAAUGCUUUCGGGGCUUUCCUUCCUAGGCCAGAUCUAAACACAUCAAACAAGCGAUUCAGUUACACGUGUUGUAAACUUCAUGCAGGGAAAUCCCGUUGGUGAAAGGCGGGACUCCACAGCGCCAUCUGGCGUUACAGUGUUAUAACACAUAUAAAGCGAUUUAUAUUUAUGCAUGUAGCUGAGUCCCUAGCCAUUGGUCAGGCUUUUCCUUUGCAGGAUUAGGUUCUCUCAGAGCCACAACAAUAAGAAGAGUUUGGAUUUGAUAUCCCGCUUUAUCACUACCCGAAGGAGUCUCAAAGCGGCUAACAUUCUCCUUUCCCUUCCUCCCCCACAACAAACACUCUGUGAGGUGAGUGGGGCUGAGAGACUUCAAAGAAGUGUGACUGGCCCAAGGUCACCCAGCAGCUGCACGUGGAGGAGCGGGGAAGCGAACCCGGUUCCCCAGAUUAUCUAUCAGUCUAUCGCUCUUAACCACUACACCGGCUCUCAAUAAAGGAGGAUUUUUAAAAAAAUCCCACAUAGGCCAAACCAAGAUUUAUUAAAGGGCCUUGACCUGUUUCAAACCUCAGCUCUUACCCAGGGCGUGUAUGUUUAUAUGCGUGUGUGAGAGAGAGAGACAUGAAGCCUUUUCAGAGUGUUCUUUUUGGAAUGGUAGGAAUAGGUGGGUGGAGUCGGACGCUUUGUUUGGUGAUGGUGAGAUCCUGGCCUGUUCACUGAAAGCACCUCAGUUGAAGCUGGCCCUCUCCUUUCCCCCCUCGCAGGAUUUUCCCAGAAUUGAACAGCAACGAUAUGGUUCUCUCUGUCGUGAAAGGAAUCAACCUGCCAGCUCCUCCAGGUAAUGCAGGAAACAUCUUCUGUUUCUGAAAGCGUAAUUUGGGGGUGGGAGUUGCUGUGCCUGUUGCCACCAUUACUUGUAAGUUGGACAAAGCAGUUGGGAUGGGGGAGCCUGUGACUCCCCGGGUAUUGCUGAGCUGCUGCUCCCUUCACCCCUGACCAUCGGUCAUGCUGGCUGGGAGCUGAAGUUCAGCAACAUCUGGAGGUUCGAAGGUCCCCUUUCUCUGGUCUAAAGCCAAACUGGGGAGAGGCGGGGCGGGCAGAGGAAAGUUAGGUGCCUGCUAGAACAAGUAUGGUGAAGAGUUCCCAAAGUCAUUGACAGUUGUUCCUUUUGGUAGAAGGGAUCCGAUGUUUCCCUUUCUCUUGUUUAUGUCCCCCAUCUAGUAAUGCAAAAUAUAGUGGGACUUUUUUUGUUCAGAGCAGCAAAUGGUUUCUGUUUACCAGAUGAAGGGGACAACAAACAACAGGGGCAGCGGUUGACUUUAAUGCCCUGCUUAUGAAUUUCCUAGCAGCAUCUGACAGGGCCUUACUGGAGCGAAAACACUGGGCUAGAGGGACAGUUGAGCCUGAUCCAGCAAGACGAUUCUAACAUUUAUUCUCAAAAUUAAGAAUUCUCCCCUCCUUUGAAACGUUCAAAAGGGCUGACCCUACCCUCUCCAGUUCAUUUCUUUGUGCCCUGUCCUAGUGCAAAACCAAGUCCCUCUGAACAUUGCUGUGCCUAUCUCAUGGGUGUUAUGGCUGGACUACAAUGGCCAUCAUCCCCUGCUGACUGGGGUUAAUGGAAGUUGGAAUCCAACAAUAUUUGGAGGCCCACAGACUCCCCAGCUGUAUCUGUUUGUUCUGUAGAAUGCUAAAUAACUUUUAUUCCUCUUUGUUUUUCCUAUAAUUUUAUAUGUUUGGGUCCCAGAAGUCACUGUUUAAGUGAGCAGAGCUAAUCCCAAUCACUAUUGCACUGUCCUAUCCGUGGAGGAAGAAACAUGACUUUUGAAAACAGUAUUGCAGAGUGGCAUCCUGAACGAAGGACUGUAUCUCUAUUGUUCUCCGCCUCCUCCUCUUCAUUUUAUUCAUUUCUUCAUUCAGUCUGUACCCUGCCUUUAUUUCCUAAUGGAAACUCAAGGGCAGCUAACAGCAUCAAAGCAAUAAUAACAUGACAGUAAAACCCAUAAAAAGUGAUUGGAUCCUGCUUGUUUGGCUCUCCUGCCUGCUUGUAAUUUCAGUAGCUGUCAGAAACACUGCCAGAAAGAGUAUCCUGUUGUUAUUAUUGAUUACAAGCCAAGCCCUCGCAGGAACGCCCCAGAGCAAAUUAUUGUGCGAUAAGUUAAAAGGUUUUAAAUAGUGAUUUAGGUAGUGGCUGCUUGGGAAAGAGCCUAUCAGGAAAGAGAAGACUGCAAGAAAUCUGGUUACUGGAGUAGCAAAGAGCCUGUGUAGGAGAGGAAGGGGAGAGAAAAAUUUAUAGAGAGAUCAAGGAUUUGCUGCUGCUGUGUGAAGCAGACAGGAUGUGUGGCUGGCUGAGACAGGGCAUCAGAAUAACCUGUUUGAAAAGCUUGCAUUCCCCCCCCCCCCGUGCCAGCUGGGAAGCUGGCUGUGUAUUCCACACAGCCCCCACCACUUCUGCAACCACCUUCCUAAGUCGUGUGUUCAGCCAGGGUGCCAGGGAAGGGAUCUUGUGUGCUUCUUGAGUACAGUGGUACCUUGGUUCUCAAACUUAAUCUGCUCGGGAAGUCCGUUCCAAAACCAAGGCGCACUUUCCCAUAGAAAGUAAUGAAAAAUGGAUUAGCCGUUCCAGACUUUUAAAAACAACCCUUAAAACAGCAGUUUAACAGGAACAUUAAUCCAUAAAAUGAAAGCAAUAAACAAUGUACUGCAGUCACAAAAUCAAUCAGUCAGGAGCUGAACUGGGUUCCACACAGUCACACACACAUAAAAAGAGCCACAAAAACACAAAAUAAAUAGCAAAAACCUCAGCGUAACACUCAAAACGGAAGUGUGGCUCUCAAAUCGGAAGCGUAACACUCAAAAUGGAAGUGUGGCACUCAAAACGGAGCAUGUUCGACUUCUGAAAAAAGUUCACAAACCAGAACACUUGCUUCCAGUGUUUGGGUUCCAAGUUGUUUGAGAACCAAGGUACCACUGUCUUUCCAAACCCCAAAACAGGUGUGUGUGCAUUGGGGAGGGCACUUCCUCCCUCCUUUCAUCUCUCUUUUCUCUUGACCCAUUCUGUGAAAUCCCCACCUUCCCACCUGUCAGGGGAGAAAGACUAAAAGGCUGGUUUUGAGAGUGAAUUUAAUUCUGUUGUAGCCUGUUCUCUCUCUCUCACUCCCCACUCCCCUUUCAUUUUGUAAUACAGUGGUGCCUCACAAGACGAAAUUAAUCCGUUCCGCGAGAGUCUUCGUCUAGCGGUUUUUUCGUCUUGCGAAGCAACCCUAUUAGCGGCUUAACGGAUUAGCACUAUUAGCGGUUUAGCGGCUAUUAAAGGCUUAGUGGCUUAGCGGAUUAGCUGCUAAAAGGCUAUUAAAGGCUAUUAAAGGCUUAGCAGAUUAGAUAAAGGGGGCGAAAAGCGGAAAAAAAAUCUCAAGACUUGCAAGACAUUUUCGUCUUGCGAAGCAAGCCCAUAGGGAAAUUCGUCCUGCGAAGCAACUCAAAAACGGAAAACCCUUUCGUCUAGCGGGUUUUCCGUCUUGCGAGGCAUUCGUCUUGCGGGGCACCACUGUAUAGGCAAACACUCGUUCCAGAGGUGGUUUCUAAGGAGUGUUCUUUACUCUGAAUUGCCCACUUCUCGGCCUGUUGCCCCACAUGCAGACUUCCAGGGCACUGCAGGCCGAGGCAGUCAUGCGAAGGCCACACUUCUGUGGAGGAACCAGGCUGAGCCGAUUUCCACGUGGAGCCUUCUGAGAGCAGCCCCUCCUCGUUGUCCUUUAGCUUUGAGAUUUUUACCUAAAAGGUUUCCUGACUCUUGUUUUUCCCUUCUUCAGGCAUGUCUCCGAAUGACCUGGAUGCCUUUGUCCGCUUUGAAUUCCCCUAUCCCAAUGCGGUGAGUUUGGGCUGCUUCAUAGGUUAACUUUUCAUUAUCCUGUGGGAAGCAGCCAGGGAUCAUUUCCCCCUGGAUUUGUAUAUUUAUGUUGUGAACCGCCCUGAGAUCUAUGGAUAUGGGGUGGUAUUUUAAUAAAAAGAAAAAUAACAAUAACAAUUUAAAACUGCCUUUUCAAUAGCCAGCUGCAUGUAAUGCAGGUGUAGAAAAAGCCUGACGCGUGAAGCUGCUUUGAGGACGGUGGUGGGGUCUGCUUUGAAAUGCUCCGAAUCAGUUCUCUGGCAGGCGCCUGGUUCUUACUGCUUCUUUUCACAUUUCUGUAUUUGCAGGAGGAAGCGCAGAAAGACAAGACCAAUGUGAUCAAGAAUUCCAACUCUCCCGGUAAAUUUAUGUUUGUGAGCUUUAGGCCAUGCUAGACAGAUGGGAGGGCGGGGGAGAAUCACCUGACAGCUUCAGGGCCAAAGCAUGUGCACAUCACCAGGAAGGCCAUCAGUAUUGUUUUUCUUGUAAGUAAAAUUAAUACAGUAGUACCUUGGUUGUCAAACUUAAUCUGUUCGAAAACCAAGGUGUGGCUUCCGAUUGGCUGCAGGAGCUUCCUGCACUCAAUCGGAAGCCGCGUCAGACAUUCGGCUUCCAAAAAACAUUUGCAAACUGGAACACUUACUUGUUUGUGGCGUCCAGGAGCCGAUUUGUUUGGGAGUCAAGCCGUUCGACAACCCAGGUACCAAUAUAUUAGAGGCUGUGUGUGUUGUUGGGGGGGGGGACGGACUGCAGCAUGCAAGGGUGGGGAGGUUCAACCAUUCUCUCCCCUCCUGCAAUCCUUUUUUUUAGGAAGACCCCCAAAAAUUGUUGAGCUUUGCUUCUUUUCUUUUUUCUUUUUUUCUUCUUUUCUAACAAAAAAACCCAAACCCCACACUUUUACAAUUGACUUGACUUAAGAUCCAGGACAAAACGCCACAUGUAUGACAGCCCUAGCCUAAUAAAAUCCCCUCCGCCAUUAGCUUCAGAAAGGCAAAUGGGGCAUAGGGGGUGAAUAUCAGGAUCGUGGCUGGGGAGGGAAAAGUUAAAGCUGCCCUACACUUGCAUACUAUUAUAUUUUUUUAAUGGGUUGGCUUCCAAGUGACCUAUACAGCGCUGCAUGUGGUCUAGCCCUUAGUCACAGGGACAGCCCCACACCUGGAAUAGAGGGAGGUGCUGCAGGUCAGAUAUUGGACAGAGCUACAAAGCACUGGUAUACUGGGCUGGUCCCUUAGUUCUGUGUCUGGGUAUGGCAGACCCUCAUCACCGGCUGCUUUCUGAGGCCUCCCUUGUCCCAAGCACUUAGCUAGCUGUGCAGUAUUGGAAGUAAAUGUCCUUGCCAGGCUUUUACUGGGGGCAGCAAAGAAAACACAAUUACAGGGAGGAGAGCAGGUGAGGAUAGACUUCUCUUGUCAACACAGAAGCUUGGCAGUCUGAAACUCUGCUACAGGCUACCAGUUGAAGAACAGGGCUUUUGAUGGCUCAGCAGCCAGAGAUACUGCAAGACUUGUUAGUAGCAAGCCUGCAUCAUCAGAGGUGGCUUUGGAAAAUUGUUGGCCCUUUUGCUCCAUUGGGCUACUGCUGGUUUCAAGAAGUAUUGGCUCCUGGAUUCUAGUGGAGAAUAUUCUCAGUCCUUAUGUGCAAGUUGCUUCUGUGAAUAUGACAGCUUGCAGCUCAAACUGGUUUGAAGGCAAAGGUGUCUGGUGGAGUAUAUUGUGGCACAGACUUCCUUCUUGACAACAGUGAGCAUGAUUUGGGGGACGCUGGAAAAAGCAUGAGGAUAGCUGCCAGGUUUUCCCCGCCUCCCUCCCUCCUACAGAAUCUGCUGACUGACAUCUUAGGGUAUUUGAUGGCAAGGAGCAGUGGCAGCAUCAGAACUGCACAGUCUUUGGCUGUCUCAGUGUAAGUGCUUCUGGUGAACCAAGAAGCAAACGGAGGGGUUUGCUGUUGUGCUGAAACAUCGCUGUGGCCAAUGUUGUACAACCUGAUCCUGCCACGAUUUGCUUUUACCAGUGCAUAGAGUGCUUGCAUAGGGACGCAGGUGGCGCUGUGGUCUAAACCACUGAGCCUCUUGCGCCUGCCAAUCAGAAGGCUGGUAGCUCAAAUCUGGGGUGAGCUCCCGUUGCUCUGUCCCAGCUCCUGCCAACCUAACAGUUCAAAAGCACACUAGUGCAAGUAGAUAGAGAGGUACCGCUGCGGUGGGAAGGUAAACGGCGUUUCUGUGCACUCUGGUUUCCGUCACGGUGUUCCAUUGCGCCAGAAAUGGUUUAGUCGUGCUGGUCAAAUGACCCAGAAAACUGUCUGUGGACAAACGCCGGUUCCCUCGGCCUGAAAGUGAGAUGAGCACUGCACCCCAUCGUCACCUUUGACUGGACUUAACCAUCUUGGGUCCUUUACCUUUUAUCUUUUUUACCUAGGGUGUUUGUGAUGGGGUGAACAGUGGCAUAUCAAUGGUGCACAACAACUGUGUAAAUGCUCAGGAGUUGGAUUUGAGCCUUCCCAAGUUUUUUGGGGGGCUGGGCUUGAAGCAAACUGCAGGGACCCCAUUCCCUCCAACAAUGCAAGGCUGUUCCUUUCAGUGAUGAUUGCUCUUGGCCCUCACCUGAUGUCCAGUAACCUUCCCAUUUGGUAUCUCCCUCUGGCAGAAUUCCAAGAGAAGUUCAAGCUGUUUAUUAAUCGGGGGCACCGUGGGCUGAAAAGAGCCAUCCAGACAAAAGGCAUCAAGUUUGAAGUCGUCCAUAAAGGGUGAGCAAAAUGGAGGUUUGAGUGUUGCUGGCAGAAACCCGUAGUGACCUUCCUGCUGUGGUCAAACUGAUUGGAGGUGGGCCACCUUCAACAUGGAGGCUGCAUGUCUGAGUGGCCUGAGAGCUUUAAUAUGAGCGUUUUCAACUCUUCCAUGAAAUCUCACAUAUGUAUUUUAAAUAUGCAGUGCAGGAAGCACAGAAGAAUAGUAAAUUGUUGGGAUAACCGCUGUGCUUCCUUCUGGAAUAGUCCUGUCAAAUAACACCUUUGGAAGCAAGUAGCUUGAGGUGGGGAUUUUUGGUGGGGAAGCAUGCAGGGGAAAGGAAUACACCUCCCUCCCUAACAUGGUGGUCAUGAUCUGUGCCCCCUGCCCCUUCCUUGAUUUUUUUCUUAAGAAAGUAAAAUGGCAAGUCCCAGUUAUGUAUUUCAGGGUGUUUCUUGUAAUGUGUGGUUUGGUUCUUAGUGUCUGUGAAUGUGCUGAGAUUGCACAUUCUUUCAGGGCUAUUGGCAGAAGCACAAAAAAUAUGGAGGAGAAUGGAAGGAUAUUUAGCAGUCAAGGAGGCACUAACUGAAACAGGCUUCAAAGUGCUAUCAAAAGAGUGACAAAACAACUGAGACAAGGUGGCUUUCAUUCCACACAACGUACAGCUUCCACGUCUCACUUCUAUAAUGUGGUGGUGGCAGGACAUAAGUAGAAAACCCAGGAUGUGAGAUUGGGAAAUGUUUGUUAUGGGAGGAAGAAACUCAGGUUGGCUCAUUGACACACACAGGCAAGACAGGUGGGCAACUUAUAGCUCAGAUCCGCAUGUACUCAAAGCCAUAACUAAGCUGAAAGGAGGCAUCCAAGCUAUGAGUAGUUUUACUACAGGAAUGUUGGGGAGACUCUGCUGUAACCUUGCAGCAGUUCUUGUGGUAUGGUUAUUUUGAAAAGGCUAAGUGUUAGUUUUAUUGAAAGGGAGCAAGUAAGAGCAGAAUGAAAUUUGUGACUCUCUGAAUGAGGUCAUAAGUCUAAUACUUCCAUUUUCUCUGCAGAGGGCUGUUCAAAACUGACCGUGUAGUUGGAACUGCACAAUUGAAGUUAGAUGCACUGGAGACAGCUUGUGAGCUUCGGGAGAUUCUGGAGGUAAGCCUAAAUCCUUCCCUUUCUUCUCAGGCAUGAUGUGCAUGUAAAACCAAGCCCUCUAGCACAUGGGUAGGCAACCUAAGGCCCGGGGGCCAGAUCCAGCCCAAUUGCCUUCUAAAUCCGGCCCUCGGACGGUCCGGGAAUCAGCAUGUUUUUACAUGAGUAGAAUGUGUGCUUUUAUUUAAAAUUCAUCUCUGGGUUAUUUGUGGGGCAUAGGAAUCCGUUCAUUCCCCCCCCCCCCAAAAAAUAUAGUCUGUCCCCCCAACAAGGUCUGAGGGACAGUGGACUGGCCCCUGCUCUAGCAGAACUGAGAGAGGCUAGAGUGAAAUCAGAGUUUUGCUUUCACCGCAGACCAUGCCUUUGUGAUGCUUGCUGGAAGAAAUGUCACUGCCUUUCAAGGCCUUGGGCUCAGCAUGUCUUGGGGAGCGUCACACCCAUUUCAGCAUCCCUGUUGCAUCAGGGCAUCAGGAGUGGCCACUUUGCCACCUUCUGUACUGAAGUUAAAUGUGAAAUUACGUGCAAGGCCACAGUUCUAUAUAGUGGCCACAAAAAGUGCUAAAAGGACUGUGACAACAGUUUAUUAAUGAGAAUAAGUUUGGAACACAGUAAACAAGCUAUCAUGAGGAUUGCCAACUGAACAUUUAAACGAGGAUUACAAAAAAAACCCCCAUAUAGCACACACACACAUAUUGCAUUUGCAGAAUGCUCUAAGCAGCUGACAGCAGGCAGGCUUUUGGAUAAGGUCCCAUUUUGAAGAUCUUCCUGAGAUGAUAACUGCUAAAAACAUUCCUUCUGAGAAAUUGACAGACAUUCACACCACCAAUGCAAUUAGCUGCUAAGAGAGGUAUCCACACAUCCACCAAAAACCCAUCACCUCAAAAACAUUUCAAGGCCCAAUUACAGUUUUCAGAAGUGGAGGACUUCAGGAAUGUUGAUCUUUCUAAAUGUUGUUGUUGUUGUUGUUUACAGUGAGGGGGGAAAGUAUUUGAUCCCCUGCUAAAUUUGCCCGUUUGCCCCCUGACGACGAAAUGACCAGUCCAUAAUUUUAAUGGUAGGUUUAUUGUAGCUGUGAGAGACAGAAUAACAACAGGAAAACCCCACAUCAAUCUCUGACUUUUGUCUUCUGGGUUUCUGGGGGUUUUCCUGUUGUUAUUCUGUCUCUCACAGCUACAGUAAACCUACCAUUAAAAUUAUGAACUGGUCAUUUCUUUGUCAGAGAACAAACGGGCAAAUUUAGCAGGGGAUACUUUUUUCCCCUCACUGUAACUCCAUGUGCACCUCUAUAUGAUUGUGAAUAAAUGAGUGGCCUAGAUUAGAGUUCUGAACUAGCCUUCGCUGCCUGCUCAGCCAGCCUCCCUGUGGAACUUGGGAGAGCAGUUUCUCCAGGCUUUGGUUUGCCAUCUGCCACGUAGUCGAAAAGACAGAGAUGCCAGUUCCUCCCUCAGCACGCUGAGGGCCAAAAGGAACAGGCUGCAUCGUUCUGCCGUACAGAUUGACAAGUGUGAACGAUGAGCAUUUGGUGCUGGCGGGGAGAAGUUCAGAGCGUUGUGGCUUCACACUAAUUGGGGCGCCUCUCUCUUUUUCUUUUCUCUGCCUAGCUUUUGGAUGGUCGGCGGCCCACAGGGGGCAAGUUGGAAGUCAUUGUGCGUCUGAGAGAGCCGCUGACCUCCCAGCAACUGGAGACGACGACGGAGAAGUGGCUGGUCAUUGACCCCCUCACGAUGCCACCAGUAAGAGCCAAACUGUUCUCUGUGUCCCAGAAGCUUUCCAUCAAGAGCAAAGCUGGUUUGGGUGGCACCCGAAAAGUUGUUCUGAGUGUGGCUUUGCAAAGGUUCUGGCCCUGUGCCCAAGCCCUUGCUCAGCUGAGGCUGGCAAGAAUAUGAACCAUAUGGAAUCUGUGGUUAGUGCUCAUCCUAGAGGGUAUCCAGCCUACUGUGCCCCUUCCGUCACCUCGUUUCUGUGGCUCCAUUUUCUUUUCAAGAAAUGAAUUUCAGCUGUGUUACCAGAGUCCAAACUUUGGUUUCUUCAGAAAUGGAUGUGGGCCAAAAGCGUGGCUAAUGACUAAGCGUGGCUUGAAAUGUCUCCAGCAAUUGUUGCUAUUCAGAUGCUGGUUUCCUGCCCACAGGAGCAGCAUAUUGUGAUGGGAAGAGGCAGAUGAUUGUCCAGCCCUGUGCAUACUGUCUGCUUAAAAAAAUAUAUUAAACGAGGGGGGGAGGGCAAUUUGCAGCCUGGACAAAUCUGGCAAAUAUUUUAAGUAAUUUAUUUUGCGCUUGUAAACUAUUUUGCAUGUUUUAUUCUGAGUUUGCUGGUGAGGUGAGGCAAGGAAUUCUGCAGAGCACUGACAUCCCAACCUCUGACCCCUCAGAUUUCACCAGCCAUUGUCCUACACAGUUUCUUUUUUUAAAAAAAUAGUAAAGUUUUAUUAGUUUUCACAUUUUUAUACAUAUUAUCUUUCACAUAUAUCCAAUUACAAAGUUCCCUGAACCUUCCAACUUCCCUUCCAUGGGUUCUUAAAUUAAAUUUUUUUUUUUGCUUAUUAUAAUUUUUCCAACUAUUAUGUAUCCUUAUUUUAUCAUAGUCAAUUUCACAUUACAAAUGUCAUUACAACGCUACCAAUGUUUUUAACAGCUUACAGUGGUUUUUCAAGUAAACUAUAAAUUUACCGUACUCCAGUCUCUAACAAAUACUUGAUCUUCUUGGUUUCUGAUCUUCCCCAUCAGUUUCGCCAUUUCUGCAUAAUCCAUCAAUUUUGUUUGCCAUUCUUCCUUUGUUGGUAAUGCUUCUUCUUCCCAGUAGCAUUCUCGCUGCCGUCAUUGCAUACAUAAAAAGUCUUUUAUCUUCUCUUGCUACUUCUUCCCCUACUAAACCUAAAAGAAAGGCUUCUGGUUUUUUAACAAAUGUAUUUUUAAACAUUUUCUUUAAUUCAUUAUAUAUCAUUUCCCAGAAGCUUUUUACCGUACAUGACCACCACAUAUGGAAAAAAGUACCUUCUUUCUCUUUACAUUUCCAACACAUAUUUGAUUUAGUUUUAUACAUUUUUGCAAUCUUACUUGGUGUUAGAUACCAACGGUACAUCAUUUUCAUGUGAUUUUCUUUCAACGCACAGCAUGCUGUAAAUUUUAUUUCUUCUCCCCACAACUUUUCCCAAGAUGAAAGUUGGAUAUUAUAUCCAAAAUCACUAGCCCAAUGUGUCCCACACAGUUUCAGCUACGUCUUCACAAUUCAUAAGGGCUUCCUCCCCCACCCAAAUGAAAGCUGAGAUUCUUAGGGCACCAAACUCUGUAGGCAAUACCAUGUGCUAUGACUUUUCUACUUUCAUAGAUUUGUUUGGCAUGCUCGUAACCCCGAUCAUGUCCUGGUCUCUGCUGUCAGCUCCCCACCCCGCUUCUGGAAAGUGGGCUGAAAAGCUUGACCAGUCUUGCAUUGUUGAAAUAAAUGUGGCUAUGCCAGACAUACAGGAGCAAAACAGUAUUUGUUUUCUUCACCCAGGUUGCUCUUCCCAAACCCAAGCCAGCAAUAGCUCCUGGGAAGGAUGUGGGCAGUAGGUAUGUAUGUUCUUGUGCCUUUGCUGGGGUCUCCUGAGUUAGCUCCAUGCAUAAUCUGUGGGGAAAUCUUAACUCCUGUCCUUCCGCUCUCCUUUUCAUUCUUUUCUUACUUCGCUCUCGGCUCAAGAAGGCACAUGCAAGACCCAAGGCAUCUCACAAAAAAGCAGUAGGGCAGGUGUGCCUGCUUCAGGGUGCUUUUGAGUGUUUUGGGGGCAGCAGGGUGGGGAAAGACAGGGCAAUCUGACCUGGAGGUCACAGUUAACCAGGAAGUUCUCCUGUGUAAGCCUUGUUGACAUGGGUUUUAUUUGGAAGCUGCUCUGAGUAUUAUUUUACCAAAGGCGCUUCAGGAUACAGACUCCGCUAACCCAGAAAUAGUACCUGGGGUUGAGAACCUUACCUCAGGAUGAAACGGAAAUCGUGCAGCAGCAGUGGGAGGCCCUAUUAGCUAAAGUGGUACCUCAGGCUAAGAACAGUUUCAGCUUAAGAACGGACCUCCAGAACGAAUUAAGUUCUUAACCCAAGGUACCACUGUAGUUCAUUUUCGUUUAACUUGGGCAGAAGACCUUCCUGGUGGAUUGCACCUCAUGGAUCAAUUCUGCUCUCCUGACUGCGUAACGCUGCAUGAUGCCGGUCUGACUUUCUGAUAGAAAGGCCUCCGUCAAAUAGCAGUUCUGCUGAGGAGACAGCUUGCCGUGACCAUACAGAUAAGCUGCAUCGUUCUUGGCUACUGAGACUUAUGAAUAAACAGGAAUUGAAUAGCCCAAGUUGUCAAAAGUGGCAAUGUAGCUUCUUGUGAGGAUUUUGUAAUGGAGCUUCUGAUGCCACAAGAGCCUCUUUGCGUAGGCCCUUAGUGCCUUAGGAGAGUGUAUAAGAACCAUACCUGUUCUAAAGUUGGCACACAGGGCAGGGGAAGCUCCAAGCCUCAUCUAUCUUCUGUACAGUAGAGAGAACAGAGGCAGUAAGUGAAGAAGUUUAUUCAAGGCCACACUAUGAGUCAGUGGCUGAGACAAAGCAUGAGAAGAGCCUUGCUGCUGGAUCAGACAAAACCCUAACAAAUUCAGCAUCCUCUUUGCCACAGGGGCCAGCCAGAUAGAUAGAUGCCUUUGAGAAGCCCAUAAGCAAGUCUCCCAGAUUUGCCCAGUGCUUUGCCCACCAAACUACACCAGUUACCAUCGCGUAGGGUUUUUGAUAUUUGAAUUCCCUGUUAAGGGAGCAUGAUGGACAGUUGGAUGGUGUGCACAGAGGCAGGUGUCCAGCCCAGCACCUUUUGCUCUGCCAGUGGCUGUUGAUAGUCUCUUCUAAUUUCCCUUCCAGAACAUCCAUCUGCUCCCUGCUGUAGCCAAGCCAGCUCUGAUUGGACCUUCCUUCUCUCAGGCCUUGAAGGCUCCCUUGCACAGAGAAUGGUUUGCUCCUGCCGGCUCUGGACAAGAAAAGAAAUGUAGGACAGCUAGAGAGGGCAAAGAGCUCUGGGAGGUUGUAUGGGCACAAAAGGUUUUGUGGCAAUUGGCAGGAAGGCAAAGUAGUUAAAGCUUCAAAAGAACAGGUACAAUUUUGCACGGUGAAUAACGAGCCCAGAAUCGACCCAAGAUAUUUUGGAGGCUGAGGCAGGAGGUCCAAAGGACACCUCCCUUUCCUUUGAGUAACAUGGGAGACUGCUGUGCCUCUUUCAGGUCCCAUUCUGUGGGGCUCGCUCAGGAGGGCAUGAAGGUGGAUUGUGCCACAUACUACAGGUUGGUUUGUCUCCCGCUCUGAUAAUGAUGCCCUGAAUCAAUGGGUUGAGACAGUUUCCUAACUUUUCUCAUGGAAGGGCCUGCUCCCAGCUAGCCAUAGCCAAAAGCCUCUCCUGUAACUGGAGGAGCAGUGAGAGAGGAAGAUGUCUCAAACUGGCAUUCGAACUGGCGGCCUGGAUAGACCGUGCCUGUCUUGUGAAACUGUGCAAUCUGGAUGGCACCACUCAAACAAACAGGAAAUCCAGCAGGAUAGAUUUUUGGUCUGAUAACAGCCUGGCAUUUCCUGUAGGGUUGAGAAACAAAGAGCAUGAGGAACAGGCAGAGCAGCACUAGGGCAUUGUGCAGGCUUUGCAACAAGGGCAGUUUCAUGUUCCCAGGGGUAGGGCCUAAGAUGGGAGAGAAGUCGGGAUCAACCGGCUAGCAAGGAAGAUUCCUGAAUGUGAUUGGAGGCAUUCUGAAAGGAAAAGGGGGUGCUGAGGCCAAGGUGUAAGGCAGAAUGCUUGCCUGGAAGGUUCUCUUGUUCUGAAUGCAAAUGACAAAGAGUGUCUCUCUUGCCUCAAAUCUGCCAUGUAGCUGUUUACCAGACUGGAUUUGUCUGUCCUGGGUUGAGAACAGCAUGAGAAACAGCACCGGGCAUGAAACUUCAGAGCUUUCCUCGCUCCUUUGGCCAGUCAAUCUUCAAACCCAACCCAACCCCAUUCAUCUUGCUCUUGUGGUCCUUUAAAACCUGUCCUGUGGCAUUCUAGCAAAUGAGAAAUUAGCACGCUGCCUGUCAACAGGUCUGAUCAGGAGUGUCCCUGUGUGCGUGCUGGGCUGCCUUUUCUCUCAGAGUUGUCAGGAAGAAGCCCACAGCAGCUCCUGAAUCUAGAACCUGAGGGAUCCUGGGCAGCAAUUCCAUCUGCUUGCCCACCAAACUCUGGUCCCCAAGCUAGGGGCCUCUGCUGCAGCUGAUGUGCCUGGUUCUUGCCCCCCUGCCUUGGCAGGAGUCAGCUGUGCUUGUUGCUUGGGCAUGAAGUUGGCAGGCACACACCCAAUCCAUAUCUGCUUCUCCAAGAUGGCAGUUGCCUGCUUGCCUCUGCCUCAUUCUCUGUGCUGUGUUUCUGUUGCUGGCCUCUUCUGAGGUUAACCAUGCUGCACUUUCUUUCCUUGCAGCAAGCCUGUCUGCACUCUGCACAGCUUCAAUGUCCUCGCUUUUGACAAGGAGAGGCUGGAGAAAAAGGUCAGUAAUGUUUAUAAGGGUGGUAGUUACUAAUUCCAGCAUCUCCAUGUACAUGGUGCUUUAGCGUAACAUUGGCCAAAAGUCAGGCUCCCACCUCAAAGUAAAGGUAAAGGGACCCCUGACCAUUAGGUCCAGUCGUGGCCGACUCUGGGGUUGCGGCGCUCAUCUCGCUUUACUGGCCAAGGGAGCCGGCAUUUGUCCGCAGACAGUUUUUUCCGGUCAUGUGGCCAGCAUGACUGAGCCGCUUCUGGCGAACCAGAGCAGCACACGGACACACCGUUUACCUUCCUGCCAGAGCGGUACCUAUUGAUCUACUUGCACUUUGACGUGCUUUCGAACUGCUAGGUUGGCAGGAGCUGGGAGCGAGCAACGGGAGCUCACCCCGUCACAGGGAUUCGAACCACCGACCUUCUGAUUGGCAAGUCCUAGGCUCUGUGGUUUAACCCACAGCGCCACCCACGUCCCUUCCACCUCAAGGUGCUUGCAGACAAUUCUUGAGACUGUGCAAUGGACAACGAAAGGAUGGGAGGAAACAGGAGACACAAGUUUGACAAGUGAGACACUGGUAUGUCUUACAUUUUGAACAGUUGUGUUCAUUGUCCCUCAAAAGAACAAGGCACGGGCUUGAUGGGAGCAAAACUGCAAGCAAACAUUGAAUCUUGACUUCUGCAAACUGACUGAAACAUGCUGAAGACACUAGGAAUAUCUAAUUUACAAAGCUAAUGGUUGCAGGAGGGGCAGGAAGCUCAGUCAGAAAUCUCAGCCCUGUCUCAAAGUUGCUGUGCUUCCUUAGGGCAGCGUAUAAUGCUUAUGAUUUUAAAAUCUGCUUACCUUAGUAGUGCAGUAGUCAUCUGAAGUGUUACAGUACAGCAAAAACACCCAAGGUUGGACAAGACAAAUCUCUAGGGAAUGUGUGAGUGAUGCCCUUUCAAAAUGACCUAAAAUGAUGUCUUCUUCCCAACCCUCAUAACCCUUGGGCCCUGCUUGGCAUUCCUGUCUCGGCUAGGUAACAAACAACUAAAAGGGCAGUCGACUGGAAGAAUCUUGUAUUUUGCUCUCUCUGGGCUAUUUUUGCCUGCUUUGGCUUCAUAAACUACCUUUUUAUUUUAGAAAAAAGAAAUCUGCCCUUUAAUUUCAUUCUGCAGAAGGAGUCUCACCUGAGGUCAGCAGACUCCGGUCCAAUUUAAAAAGGAAGUGUUGUGUGGCAAACUCAUAUGGUGAAGUCUUGCCUUCCUUCUGCCUUUAUGUGGCCGGAUCUCUCAGGUGACCAACUCUCUCUUAGUCACCUGUUCAGGUGUGCUGCUCACUGUUGCUGUGGCCCUGGAAAAGCCGUUUCCCAGCCUGUGCAUGCACUUGUCAGCCAGACAGAACGUAAUCACAGAAGGUCCACUUCUUACUCCCAAAGUUGAGUGCUCUGUCCUUUCCCUGAGAACGUACACAAACCCUCCUUCCUUUGCUGGCAGAUGGCAGGAUACAAACAAGUUGGCCAACGACCUCCUAACGACCUAGUGGAACAGCACCAGAACGUUAUACGGAUGAUCCAGUGGCAGAAGUCCCAGCUUCAGCACGGAGGCCCAGCAGUCAUGAAAGGUACUUUGCGAUGAAAGCCCAGCCACGAAGGCCCCAUUCCGAAUGCUUGGGCAAGUGAACAUUUUCCCCCUUUCUCUGUCGGUUCAUAUUGAAUUGGUGUGUUAAAUUGCCUUAGCAGGAAGUGCUCAUUGAGGGGGUUCAGUUCACUUUGAUUUAUUGUGUUUAGCAAGCAGCCGUUGCACACAUGAAAAUAACAAGAAUAAGAAUACUGCUAAUAAUAGUGGUUUACAUUUCUGCUCCCCGACCUUUACAGGAUAAAUCAUUUCUCAUACCCCCGCCCUUUAAGUUUUAUUACACAAAUUUGUAAAGCUUUGGAAGGAAAUUUGUAUGUUCUAAAGGAUAUAUCCCUCUCUACAUCAGACAACAAAAAACAGGUCUUUGCAAGGGAUGUCUUUCCCUUCUGCGAUCUCAACAACAGGUGGAUGUAAUUGUUUCUAAGAUCAUUAUAAAAAGGGCAUUGAAAGAGUACAUGAGUUAUGUCUUCUGUUGACACAGAGUUGCAGCUGCAAAUUCUAUCCUUCUUAGGAAUUCCUUUAUGUCAGCCCGUCCAAUCGGCUAACAGAAGGACAUUUAGUCUUGCCUGUGCAAAGACUACCCUCAUUUUAACAUUUGGCAAAUCUACCAGAUAUCUUGGCAGGGAUGGAUACAAUGGAAUAAUUUUUUAAAAGCUUACAAUUUGUUAGAUUGACAGAUCUUUAUCUCAGCAGUUUGUGAUUGCAUCUCAGUGUCUGUAAGCCCUUGGAAUAUUAAUUCUUUGGCUUUCUCAAAACUGCAUCACAAGGAAGGAGGCAGAGUCCCAACCUCUGGGGUUGGAGGGGGCAGAGGUGAAGGGGAUGCAGUUGGACACCGGAGCUGUUCCUUAGUCAUGUCUGAUCUUUACUCCACAGAAUACCUGACCCAAUUGGAGCGGUACCAGCAGUGGUAUACAGAGGCAGCACGGCGCCUUGGCAGUGAAGGAAAGCGGGUAUGGUUCCUCAGUCCCCCCAUCCACUCCAUUUUAUAUCUAGAUGGGAUGUGGUGGGGGAGCAAAAGACCUCAGAUCCCCUUUUUAAAGCCUCUUGGUUGCACCAAUGCCUGCCUGCUUAAAGGAGCACCCCUGCCUGGUGCAACGAGAGCCUCUGUAUCUACUUAACUGCCUGCUCUGUGUGUGUUUAUUUGGCAGGAUGCAGCCAAGGAUGCCCUUUACAAGCGCAAUCUGGUUGAGGGCGAGGUGAGUGUGCUUAUUGUCACGCAAGCUGCUGUUUCUGCUGUUCUCACUCAGUCACCUCCCACUAGAAUAGUCAAAGCAGGCUGAAUGAGUCAGUCGUUGGGACCAGAGGAGCGUUUCCCAGACUGGUCCUGCCUUCACUGAUCCCCUGGUCUUUUGCAGGGUGACUGAGGUCUCAUCCAGACUGCCUUUUGUGCCAUGUUUCUAGGCACAGGUCUGGGAUUUAAAGCUCCAUGUCCGAGCAUUUUUGGUUUGUUUUUUAUUUUUGUCCCGGCGCUUUCCCCAGGAAAACCCACAUUUUACUGCUGAAUUGGAGCAAGUGGCAAUCUGCAGAAAACUCCAUUGCCAUUUGCUCCAAUUCAGCAGGAAAAUGUGGAUUUCCCCAUAGAAAAUGCCUGGACAAAAAAAGAAAGAAAAUCGCUUGAACAUGGAGUUUUAAAGAGCAAACCUGUGCCUGAAAAGCAUGGUGCAACAGAAAGUCUGGACGAGGCCUGGGAGAGCUUUCUGGAAUGAUUUUAAGCAGUGCCGUCAAAUUGAGCACCUGCAGCAGCACACAGCUGGAACUUUCUGGCUUGUUUGGCGCUGCCGCCUCUCUAGGUGGUUCGUUUCCCAAAUCGCUUUUGGGCAGAGUGCUCUGUGGACUGUUCCCCCUUCUGUUGUCCCUCUCUGAAGACCUAGAUCCUCAUGAUUCAGAAUGUUUCCUCCACCUCUCCCAAUGUUAAGGACUGCAUGACUUGAAUGUGCUCAUUUUAAAGCCUUUGACAGCUUAGGACCAGGUGAUUUACGGGAUCCACCACCUAUCUCCAUGUGUCUGUAUAUUAAGAUCUUCUAUGGGUGCCACUGCCAUGGGAAGUAAAGGGAGAAAGGCCUUUUCCGUAGUGGCCCCUCAGUGUUAGCAUGCUCUUCCCAGAGGGAGCUCUUCUGGCACCUAGGAUGCUGUUGUCUCUUUGGCAUCUUUUUGUUCUAAGCUUCUUAGUUUGAAUUGGAUUCUGUCGUUUUGUUAUGCUGCUUUGAGAUCUGCAUUGCAACAUUCACUGUUUUUAUUGAUUUACUUCAUAUAUUCACCCCCUUUCCUCCAAGAAGCUCUGGGUGGCAGCUUAUGAUGAUUAAUUAGACUUAUUGGCUGCUUGUUACUCAACAGCUUUGCUUUCCUUUUUUGUGGCCCACCCUGGAAAUUUGAUGAGAGGGCAAUCUAUAAAUGUCCAGAAUCAAUCAAUGGUGCUCUUGGUGCCAAGGCUGGGGGUCCUGUGGUCUUCCAGGUGUUGCUGGCCUACAGCUCCCGCCAUCCCUGACCGUUGGCCCUGCUGACCAGGUGCUGGGAGACCAACAGCACCUGGAGGGCUGCCGCAGGUUCCCCUUCCCUGGUUUGUGCCCUUCCGUUUCCUGAAAGAGACCAUGGUGGCAGAAGCACUGACUGGCAAACCCAUUUGCCUUCCAGCUGCAGAAGUUUCGCAAAUGAAGAAAGUGGCGGAAAUGUGGAAGUCUUGGAAUCGCCGGGUCAAGCAACUGCUCUCUUCCUACGUGGCCUUUUCCCCGCUGCAGGAGAACGGGGGUUUGGAGAGCAGGGUGGGGAGGGCUCCAUGUAUGCUGAUGGACCGGCAAUGCUGCAAAGCACCUCUGGCGGUGGGCUUUUUCUAGCCUUUGCUGGGUAAAUAAGAAUGAAUGGAGACUCCUUUAGUUUCCCCAUCAGUGGAGCAGGUUAUGUGACACUGCUAGCUGGAGACAAUCCAUGUGACGGUUGCCUUGGCACUCUGUCCUCUGGCUCAGCCCAGCCUCCCCAAGGUCCAUAAUGAGCCACUUUCUCAGCAGGGAGAAGGGAAAGAACCCCCCUCCCUUUCUCCUUGUUUUCCCAGCUGCUCUAGCGGCAGCUGCUGGGUGCACCCUCAUUUACAGCUUGAAACAGGUUUAGCUCCAAUGGCUCCCCACCGCAUAGUAACCUGGGAGUGAUAGUUUUGAGAGAGUGCUGAGUAGAAAAGCCCCUUGAUGGAACUUCAGUGCCCAGAGUUCCUUGGUCCAGAGUUAUUGUGUCAGCAAGAGAGAAGCUUGCAGCUCUCUUAAACUUGCACUGCAGAUAUGCUCAGAGCAUCUUGCCUCCUCAGCCCCAGAGAGAAGGCCCCACAUUAUUCAACAUGCACCGAAUUGACUCAUUUAGGAAUUUGGCACCUUCUAGUAUAUCCCCCAGCCUAUGUGGUCUGCACUCAGCUCAAUGCCCCCUUUGCUGCCCCUCUAUGCCUUCUACAUCAAUCCUCCAUUGCACCAGGCACUUUGCACCUAUACCUCUCAUGAGCUCUGCUUGUUUGCCCUUCUAUGGGUUUAUUUCUUUGGGGGCUGUAGAGAGCUAAUAGCUCGCAGCUUUUAACUGACCUGAUCCCUCCUGAGUGGCCAAGAGGACCUAGCAGGAUGCUGGCGUGACGCCUUGCUUGCCGGCUCCCGUGAGAACCCAGCCUCUGAACCUACUUUGGGUUCCUUCAGAUGUCUGUGGUGGAAGACCCUGCAAAGAGGGCAUCCUUCUUGACCAGCAUCUGCCCCUGCCCCUGCUAUCUGUGCGGCCCAUUUCCAAGUAAGAAAAAUGACUGAGCUCAACGACUGUUGCUGGGUCUUGAUCUCUGAGAGGGCUGCCUGCUUUUUUAAAUUAUUGUUGCAAUUAAUGUUACUGCCUUUGGGCUGCCAAAGGAAGAAACACAGGGCUGAGACUACCUGCCCCUGCUAGAGAACAGCAUAAGAGACAGGUGAGGGAGAGCAUAGAGGCGGCUUCCGUCCCCCAGCAGCGGCCUGUUGACAACUAGGUUGCUCAAGCGCCAGCUCUGUUCUGGUGCGCAGAGACUUGUAAGACACAGUCCAUUGGCUGCAGCUUGGAGCAGGGCUUGUGCUGGCCCCUGGCCCAGACCAUGUGUCUUUCCUGGUGGGGGGUGGUGUUAAGUAAUUGCCAGUUUCUUGGCGUGUUGGAUGGAGUAUCCCGCAUCCUCUCUGUAGUCCCUGCAGUUGGGGGAGGCAUGCUGCUGUAGUCUGUGGGGUGUCCUCUUUCUGCACUGGGGCACAUUGGUGUGGCCCUGUGGGGGGUCUGGGCUCCCCUUGGGCAGCUGGAAAUGUGACCUUUUAUGAAAGUGUUCUGUUUCCUAUAUUAGGUUAAAGAUGUUUUAAAGGGUAAGAAAUUAACUCAGGGUUGCUGCUGCUCAGGAUGGUUGAGGUGACGAGCUGCGGGUGAGAUCUUGCACUCCUGCCCCUGCCCAAUUCCUUUUUAAACCAAAAUUUAACUUCUCACGUCCCUGGACAGAGGAACGAUAAAGGGAAACAAAUGCUCCAGGCAGCCUUUCUUUCCUGACCCCCAUUCUUACCACCCCCUCUUUGGUAUUAGGGAAAUUGGAUUUUUAUACAAGUGCCUACCUCCAUGGUUGUUGCUCAGCCAGAGGCGUUGAAAGCCAAUGCUAAAAACCAGAGGCCGUGAAUCUGACUGUGUUACGGCUUUUAUUUUAUGCUUGGAGUGACAUAAAUAUAUAAAGUUUUUAGGGUGGGGGGAGUUCUAAAAACCUCUGUAAAAAAGACGUACUGGAAUCUUGCACCAAUAAUAAACCUUGUUGAAACCUCAUUUUCUUCUGGGUUGUGUUGAUUGGGUCAUCUGGGCAAUGAGACGGUCAUUCAUGUGGAAUCUUGCAAGUCAUCCCUCUUCUCACUUCAAACUGAAACAUCUCUUGCUUCCCAGCAAUCUGCAAGUAAGGUGCAAACUGCACCCCCCACAAAAGCCCUCGCACAAUCCACUAAGCCAACAUUAGUUUCAAGUGAGAUGAGAUGGUGUGGAGGACAGAGAGAGGAGGGUGGCCUUGAAAAGCAGGUAGACGUUGACUUUCAGGAUGAAUAAAGUCUUUCCUGGUUCCCUACAUGGAUUCCCUCGUUCCAGCUGUGACUCAUGUGAUCCUGGCUAGGGUGAUGUUGCCUGGCCUUUCUACAGGGGAAACCAAAGGCUUGUGAUGAAUCUGGGCUCAAAACCCAGUUUCUUAACUAUGGAGCCUCCCCUCCCCAUGUUGUCUUGAGAUUUACUCAAACAUUUGCCCAUGUGGGGCAUCCAGAAGCUGCCAGCUGGUUCUGUGUGAUGGAUUCUAUUCAUCUCCUCCCUUGCGAAGAAGAGCUGGACCGGCGCUGGGGCUUGUGACACGCAGAAAACAAGUUUGCAUUUACUCUAAGGGAUAAACUUGGUUGUCUAGAUUAGGUAACACCUCUGUCACCCAACAGGGACGGUUUGGGUG